AUGGGCGGACUGGCGACGACAGACUCUUUCGGUCUCAUAGAGUCCUACAAGAAGAUGGAAGUACUUGGCGAGGGCUCCUACGCCACCGUCUAUCGCGGCUACUCCCAGUAAGAUCAGAUUUGUAGCCUUGAGACACGAUAUUUUCAUAAAGUCCCUCUGUUUGUUGAUCUCUUCUGUUCGGUGGCUUGCAGUUGUUUCAUUUACAUGAUUUUUGAAGUGGUGCAGGUUUCCCAAAAAAGCAUGCACGCUAAUUAAUUACAAAGCGUUUGCUUAUCACAGUACAUCCAACAUUCGAAACAGAAAGCAACCCACAUAUGAUGCAAGGAAAUUCAGCGACUAGAUUAAUAGACGUCGUCGCAGCUGAGAAUAGCACGGCCCUAUGGCUGGAGUAAAGUCCAAUGGCCAGAGGAUUCGGGUUCGAAUCUAUACCUGGGAUUGUGUAUAGUUGGCCGGCGAUGACUAUUAAGCCAGAAACGCCCAAACUAGUCACCUCUGUCUUCAUUUUUUGGGAAAACAGCUUUCUAAUUGCUGUGGCUUCUGGCCUGGGAACUACUGAAAACGCGAAGUAGUUUGAUCACAUACUUCAAAACGCAUUCCCUUUUAUAUUGAAAAGCACUGUUAGUCAACGGAUAUCCUCCGUUCGGCGAUCGAUGUCGCUAUCCGACUUAGGCCUCGUAUUUUAAGCGUCUCCACAAACGCAGUUUAGAGAUGUGAAGUCCGGCGGCCGGAAAAGUAUUCUCCGAUACUACUUUUUCCAAUCCAAAUGUCUUGUAGGACCUCAUCAAUGUUGCCUCAUACAUCGCGACGAUUGUGUGAUGGUGCCAAAUCUUGCUAAAAAUAAAUGUUCUCAUGUUCAAAACCCAGUCUAUUCCCCAUUAUUCCUUCCAAUGAAGGCAAAACGCAAACUGUGAAACCCCAGUUCAACAAUUAACAGUUAAAAUAUGCAUACGUUUAUAAGGCGCGCUGUAUACACAGAAAGUGAUUUGUCCUAUUCUCUGUCGAGAAGGUUUCGUCUUAGUAAAAGUUGCCGCAAGAAUGGCAUUGAGGCGGGAAUCACCAGAUGCCAUAUUAGGAGAAACGGUGUUCUCCUGUACCAGUAUAGUCUGCGUCCUGAGAUCCGAGGUUUCGAACCCGGUGGCGAAAUUUCCAGGUUAUGGUACACUGGGGUUGCGCGCACAGCAGUGUCUGUUGCCUGACCGCGUCAAGUACUCCGCUUUCCUGUCCGGCAGUGAAAACAUCCCAUGUUUCACUUGACGUCCUAGUCUGGUCUACUUUUUAUCCAGGGGUCUCACCUCGGAGAUUGGGUCACAGGAGCCUCGGUAUGGCGACCAACAUAAAGGCACUGAUGCCGUCCCAAUUCUUGUAGCCUUCUAAUUGUAUCUCGUCGUGUCAGCCCAUCACACCACCGGACUAGUCCCCCGCUGCUUUUCAGGCUUCAAACUGCUAAUUGCCGUCCUAUGACCUAUAGAGCACGAACCAUUUCUUCCCUUAUCAAUUUGCACCUUCCAUAGACUUGUUUUUACCUAUUUCCCUUGCCAUACGAAGUUGAGACGUCCUUCAAUGUAACCUCCUGCUUAAAUGGAGAAAAAUCUCGACAAUGGUCUCGUGUUCGAAUCAGUAGCUAUCAAAUCAAUUGUACCACGUUAACGAAAUUAAACCGCAGUCCUUUAGAACCUCUACAAUAAACACAUAGAAUAAGAUUUCUUGGAUGUAACUGCUUUUUUAACGCUCUGUAAUCGAAUUGAUUUUCUGAAAAAUCUACUUAAUCCCGUCAGGAUGAGAAAUUGAGCUCCUCAUGUCAGCAGAAAACGCAAUCCGUUCCUUUCAUAGAGAGCUGUAAGUGAGUUUCGAAAUGGGGCAAACGUCGCCCAAACGUGUGCUCUUCGGCGCUUCUUGUGCUUGCUUGUCGGUGUGUGUGUGGGUGACGAACGACAGCCAGGAGUGUUUGGGAACGCCGCCGCCUGCCGGGGAAAAUAACUGCGAGCUGAAAUGCCACAUCUGAAAAAGUGAGAGAAGCGCUAAUUGAGACGUGUUUCCUGGUGGUCUAAUGCCUCAGACUGUAGGAGUAGGCUCUCUGUCUAAACGGGGCAAUUGGACAAAAUCCACUGGAAUUAUAUUCUUCGAGUCUUUUUUUCCGGUAUGUCAGAAUACUGACUAACUUCGUCCCUUUCGCAGCUCCGUCAUCUUCCCGUUUGUGUCGAUAAGUUUCGCUGGUGGGUGACCAGCACCCAAUCAUGAUGAUUGUUUUAAUGUAACAGCACUAUGUGUUUCCCAAAAUGCAGCUGGAAACCGAAAACAGGUUUAUCUGACCGUGGUCAUGUUUUCAGAGCAUGCACAAUUCGAAUUUAAAACCCAUCCUGAAAUAUAAUUUGUUCUCUUUAUCCUCCGUUUGUUUAUUUUGUCGAUUUAUUAGACGUGGAAGCCAUUGGUUUAUUGGAACUCGCUGCGUGCGGCUUAUUAGCUGUCACCCAUUAAGAACUUUUUGCUAGACUUUCGCAUGCUUGAUAAGGCGGAGUUUUCGAACUCAUCCCUCUUUUAAAAAUUUCAGGUGUCCUAAAUGUCAACUGCAAACGCCAUGAAUUUACCAACCUUCCUUAGGUAUGAGUACCGUCCAACACACUCUUUUAAUAGCGCUCUUAUGGAGAUUCAGCGAAGCAUUUCUGCCACCUGACGACGAUGUAUCACUUGUUUAUUACAAUUAGUGACCGAUCUCAUGAAUCAUUAUCCGGGCUUCUGUAAUGCGUUUUCCGUUAGUAAGGACUACGGGGGUAGGGUUGUGAAAUUAAUUAUCAUCUGGUCUACUCCCGUAAUAAUUUGGACACGUCAGGAUGUUGGCUCUUGAAUGCACCUCUUUUCAAUCCUCGUAAAUCCUUACCUAGUAAUAAAUGGCGUGUAUUUUUUACAUUGAAUUUCGUCGUCCCUAUAAAUUCGGAUAUACUUUACGGUGGAAGUGCGUAAAAGAUGCUUUAUUUUGCUGAUUUGGUGACUAAUCGCUUCGUCUUCACAUUUUAUGCUCGAAAAAAAGUAUAUUUGGGUUUAGAAGAAGUUUUCCAAUCCACGAAUUAUUUUUAGCCUGAUCAGCCGUCGGAUUCGCGUUUAACGACUUCAGCCUACAAGAUGUAUACUUUACGCAUAAAUAAGAUCACUUUUUCCUCUGUGCCUUUAAGAAGGUAUUAUGUAACGGUCAGAAAAGUUUGCAGUGAAUGCGAAUCUUGUUUUAUAUGUCAUGAGUAGCAUUACUAAACGGAGAGGUACGAUGUUGUAUGGACGGGCAUUCCAAGGUCUUAAGCUAUGUCAUUAUUGGAAGCUUUUUUUUAAAGCCGAAAGGCACUCUCUCAUCGGAUACCAAACGUGGAGGGGACGUGAUGCGCUAUCAAAUGAGUGAAAGUAAACAUGUAUUGGGCAUGCGUUCUAUACAAUAUGUUUGAACUUUGGGAGGCAUCGAAAGAAAUGUAAAAAAGCAUGUUAUUUGAGUAGUCAUCUUUUACCGAAUGGAAAUUUUACGGCUGGCCGAAAAGAAGUACAUUCGAAGACCGAAAUCGUUGAACGUUUGAAGGAUUCAAAAACUACGCGGCACCAUAAUCAAUAUUGCAAUGCCACAUACGCAAUUUUUCCUAAGUGAAAACGCACUUCAGAAUUUCGGCAAACAUUUCAUGUGAUUAGUCCCUGACUGUAGAUUUAGUAAAGAGGCAAAACUCCUAAAUGGGGCAUUAAAAUAAAACCGUCCUGCUAGCCUACGACACAUACAAAAAAUUAAUUUUCAAUUGGCAAUUGUCUGAAUAAAUAGAGCAUAUUAUCCUGGAAAAUCAAACGUUUCAAUUUGUCGAAUUUUAAGAAGCAGAAAUGACAGUUGUAAUUCUGAAUUACAUUAGAAUGUUACGAGCUGAGCUUUGCUCUCAACAGCGGCGGUUUUAUAAGCGCAGAUCUAUUCUUUCCUACUGGCUGGGAAGUAGGUGUCCGUAAAUGAGCCGAAGCGCUUUGCGGACAAUUUGCACUUUUAAACUGUAGCGUUUUGAGCCAAAGGUAGCCCUGUAAAAUUGAGGCAAAGACGCUUUUCCAAAAAGUUAGCCUAUUCCACUGCACCGAGUAAUAGCAGCAUGGUCGAUAACUGGCGGGACGCUGCUGGCUAUUGUUGAUACGGGAGCUUGUAUGAAAACAGGCCGCAGUAGCGCGUACAAAUGCCGAAUUCUGUCUCUGCUGCACUCAACCUGCAUAUACAACUAAAUGCUGUGCGGCUGCCUGCGACGACAGUAGACUGUGUUGCAAGCACGCCCCAUAAUCUGAUCGAUGGAAACUCCUACACCAUGGAUCGCGUUAUGGAACCUGCUCGUCCCCCUGUGUUUCAAAGAUCGGCUUAAAGCUCUGUAGCCAGUCACAAAGCGAUUAGUUUCGGCUUCUGCAUAUAUUACUAGUCGCUGUGCGACUGCCUGCGGAGUUUUAAUUCGAGCGCCAAAGCCAAACGGGCCGAGUGGGUCCCGUAACGCGAUCAGUGAGCACCAUUUAUCAAAGUGGAUAUGCCCGAUUUCAACCAACACGACAACGAGCGUGGCGCAAUGGUUAAAGCGUUGGCCUUUCAACCGACAAAGUGCGACUUCGAGCCUCAGAGUUUGAUUAUCUGGAUUCAGGCAUGACGAGUUGAUGACUACUGGUAAACCGGAAACGGCCAUUCCAGUCUUUAUUUUCGUGUAUGGAUGUCAAAAGUUCACAGAGAGUGUUAAAAAAACUUCAUUUUUAAAAUGCUCGAUACUGGUUUUUACUGCCUUCCUCGGACGGGCAGUAAGCGUGCAAAACGUUUAAAAUGUAAACCUGCCAAAAAACAAUAGCGUUCAGUGUUAGUCAACUAUUGCUGUUGCUCGACCACCUGUUUGGAUUGGCUGUCGUCCUAUCCUUGAUGUACCUAUACACGUUGUCUAAUUCGACCUGCUUAUUAAUACGCGAGUCCUCGGAGUGUAUGGCUUCCAGAACUUCUCGACCUCUUUGGAGGGACAAGCGCCAACGGUACAAGUUUUAUUCCAAGUCACUGCUUGUGUAGUUUUUGAUAUGACGACGUUGGACUGUUGGUUUCGUCUCUGUAUCGUCAAUUAGUGUUUAUCUAUGCGUUCAGAAGCUCAUUUUCCAGUUUGGCCACAGUACUAAUUGCACGAGAUAUCGCACUGGAAUCCUGUUGACGACUUAAAAACAUCCACUCCUACGUUAAGGUUGCUAGGUAUUUGAGGGCAGUCCUGUUUGAUCGCUGUUGUCAAUUCAACGAGAACUGCCGGUUUUUUGGCAUAAACUUUCUACAUAAGUAUCGGCAAAGAUGGUCUGGCGUUAAACAACUUCCGUAAAUUCACUUGUUUGACAAAAUCGCAUCAAAGUAACAUCUUACGUCCAGAUGAGUGGUAUCAUGUGCCUAAUCGUGCCAAAAAUAAAAUUCCUCAUCAGAGAUCCGUCUGCGAACCGGCGUGAAAUUUAUUUCUCAAUCCCUUAGUAAAAAGAGACGAAACUUUGAAUCUCAGGACGCCGUUGAGAAGGAGAUUCCAUCUUUGGAACAAGAGUCUUAUUCGUUUGACUUAUCCGGCUUAUCGGAUUGUUAUUGGAAACCACCAUUACAGACAAUUGCGGUCUAGUAUGCAUAUUACGCCUCAUAUCUUGGCAACGUAAUUUUGUAGAUGUAGAGCGUAUUCUCUUUUCUAUUAGCGUUUACCGUGAAAGUCUGUGAAAUCUUACUUCUAGAAGUCUUUAAACUGAUACGCACGCCUUUUCGAAAGACCGCAUCCAAGAGAAAGUACUGAUUUUUUUGGUUUGUUGUGAUUCCUGCGUUUUUGAAAUUUUUGUCUUAUUCACAUUACACAGCCUACAAUCAACAGCCGGCCUGACUUACUAUGCACACACUUUCUUCCGGAUAGAUUCUAUUAGAAAAUGAAAAAUUUGGUCAUCCGCAGAAUUUUAAUUCUAACCGGAUCUUCCUUACUUAUACAUGUGCCGAACAUCGGGGGCCAGAACAGCUGCCCAGUUUGUCGUUGGUUUUUAUUGCGUUAAGUUGGUCAGUCGAUGUUCAAUCCAUUUAACGGGGAAUUUCGACCACCUGACAGUCAAGCAUGUGGUCUAUCCGCUCAUAUAGCAUCUGUCCUUGAAAGACAGUAAACAAAAUAUAUGGAAGGUUUUCUGGCUGUGACCUUGGUUCACCUGUUGUUCCUACCUAAGUUCACUGUGCUUUGAUGGGAAACUGAUAUCUUCGUCUCUUAGCACGAGUUUCAGAUUAAAAGGGCUGUUAACACCACGAAGAAAGUCUUGCGUAGACAUAAAUUAACACAUUGAGUAGGGUUAUAGUCUCUCAUUUUAAAAGAAAGCUCAGAAGACAAGGUCUGUAGCAAGAGUAGUCUCGUCCGCUUUAUUGGGUCAACAAGCUAGCAUUUAAGGGACAGAGAGCCUCCGUUCAAUGUUUUUCUAUUGAACGUGCGACCAAGUUGAAUUAAUAAUUACUUCUAGAAGGUAACCGAGUCUAUUAGAAUUUUUAAUUCUUCGCUUGACAGCUGCCGGCUUGCAUUAAUUUAAAAAAAUAGUUGUCCUAGAAGCUGUGUUUCCAAAAUUGUUAACGGAUUUAACUUUUUGCCUCCGAACGUUUCUACUCUUUGCUAUUCUUACGAUUCUUCUUUCUUCAGCUUGGCAAACCAAAUAGUGGCUGUGAAAGAAAUACGCAUCAAUCCAGACGAGGGCCUUCCGUUCACAGCUAUACGUGAAGGUGAGUGAUAUUGUUCUCAGAUUUCAAGCCAGACCCGAACCACUGGAUUUUAUAAUUGCAGUGAUUGUUUCUUCGUGCUGACAUGCUGUUUGCCUAAGAGAGCGAGUAGGCCCGUUUGAUCAAGAAAAGCACACGAGUUCCAGCACGUGUCGAUGGCAAUUACUAGCCUUUUUUUCCAACAUUAAUGCGACUGUUUUUAUUUAGGCACAUUUUUGAGCGACAGUCCGGUUAAGCAAGUCUUCAUUUCCAUUCACUUCGUUUCAAAAGUUAUUUUUUGACAAAACGUGAACAGAAACAUAAAAUCUUGUCACAUGCGUAUUCGGAUGGAUUUGAAAAUCAAGCUAGUGCACCUGAACAUAUAAAAAACUCGCCUUUUUUAUUUACAUCCAGAAUUUCGGAUAGAUUGAGCUAAAACUGGGGAAAAUCGGUCGUUCAAUUUCUCGAUUUGCCUCGGACCAGAUCGUUAAGAAGGGCAAAAAAUAAGUCGUUCAUAAUUUCACUGAAAAGCCCUGAAACAUACUUCUGGAAGAAGGGUUCAUUAAUUCCGAUUAAUCUCCUCGCACUAGUAUUAAGAAUUUGGAUCCUGAAUAGACGCGGAGGAAAAUAUAUGUAGGUCCUUUCGGGUGGUCGCGAUGUGUGCAACUCCAGAUCAGCAAAGUCUGUCGGCCGAUUAAACACUGUUUGUGAUAUUUUUAAUUUCUUCUUGCGCCCUAUAAGUGAUGUCUGAGAAGGGCUUCGACCUCUUCCUCACGGUUUCUGCUAAAUAUACUCCUUGGAUCAUGUUCAAAGUUUUCCAGGCCCGACUCGAAAUGAUAGGUUUUUUUAACUAAAUUUCAUGUUAUUAACCGUUCAAAGAAAACAUAACCGAAAUGCGAAAAAUAGCUACUAGAAGUGAACUCGUAUAACCCCCGUUGCAUGAAGACAAAGGUGAAGUCGUUGAGGCCCAAAUAAUCAAUGCUUUUCUUGAACCGAAAAAAGGCUAUCAAUUAUUGAAAAUUAUAUCAUCAGGCUACUGGAUCCCAGUCAUUCCGUGGGUAAAAGCACUUUUUACCUGACGAUAAUUCCGCGCAGUUGUCGUUAACUAGGUCCCCAAAUGGUGGGCAUCUUUGAAAUGUUUGACCGCUCGACGCUUGAGCUGACACAAACGUCACGGCAAUAAUUCAGUCGCACAACAGUGACUUUUGUCCUGCUUCCUAAAAUUUGCACGAACUGGUGAGUGUUUCAUUUGGCGCGGAAGCCCUUGUAUGCGGCAGUCGCGGACCACAAUGUCCCGAUGACCAUAAAUCACUUACGAUUCAAAUUGCUCCAUUACUGGAGAUUAUCAGUAUUUUUUCCCAGAUUUAUGCUUAUGAAAUAUGGAUGGCUGCCCUUCUUAAACCGAAAAAAUAACGUUUUCUAAAGCCAAUUUAAGUGAAGAUGCCCUCGGAGGAUCGGAUCUGGUGUGCUUAUUGUAAUGUUCAGGUCGCGCGCAAAUAUUGCAUACAAAUUUCAUUGAAAAUCCUGUUAUGCCGAAGUGCGAACUGAACGUAAAGUCAUUCUGAAAGGUGGUCAAGUUUUCUUCACGCAGUUUGCACUCCCCCGAGUCAGUGAAGUCUUGGUUGCGAAACGUCUUUUAAUAAGCCCUUGUGUGUCUAUAUUUUCACAUUAAUGUAUUUAGAGAUUGAACAGCCUAUGUGUUUUUUGGUUUUCUUCAGCUUCACUGCUGAAGUCACUACGGCACGCCAACAUAGUCACUCUACAUGACAUCGUGUACACCAAGUCAACUUUGAACUUCGUCUUCGAAUUCGUCGUAAGUUCUUUCAAAAUGUUACUGUCAGUUAGUCGCUCUUAAAACUUUCGUUGCGGCCGACAAGUGGGAAAAACGAACAGAUACAUUUACUUUAAUCCCGCUCAAAAAUAUUCUCAAAUGGUUGAAAAGAUGGCAUUACAUCUCUACUAAAGAAACUGAAGAUCAAUGAAGGGUGAUUGCCGGCAUUAAAGCCGUUUGCUUAUCUUAGGUAUAGAUGUUUUAUUCGUCAAACUUUUCUCAGACAACCUAAUGAACUUUACUAGAGGUUCUGAGUAACCUUACACUCGAAAAUGGAAUAAAUAUACCUGUUUUUCUUGCUUUUUGGAAGCUAUAAGGAGACAACCUAAUUUGUCAAACACGAUGGGCAUUUUCUAAGGAAAAUUAAAUGAAAUCAUAAAAGCAGCUGCCCAGCACAAGCAAAUCUUCAUACGCGGAUAAGAUCAGCUGACCACAGUCUGUAGGUAAGUAAUACGAGAAAGAAUAGGUUUUGUUUGCGUCAAAAUGAGUGUUGACUCCUGAAAGCUAUGCCAAUUCCAUGCAUCGUUCUGCUACGUUUCCCACGACAAAACACACCACGUUAACUGCAGAUAAAUGCCAGGAUGUCAUCAUUUUGCAAACAGUCGUUUUUAUCAGAAAUCAUAUUUUUCCGAUAAAAAAGCUUUAGAACAAAACAUACGAAUGCGUACAUGGUUGUUCCAAAAGUAGUGCGAGCAACCGUUCACCUGGAAGACGCGAACUGGUCUUGAUCAUUUGUUUUUUAUUUAAGAGAAAAAUAUUUUGAUGUGAAAUCUAUUUCCCCACCUUAUCUAUUGCUUGGUGAAACGCUGCAAUAAGCUUUGCUACAAAAUCUGUCUAGUGGCGGGGGAGGUUCAACUAAACUUUUUGUAGAAUGCUAUUACCGACAAAGACAAGGGAGACUGGAAUGGCCAUUUCUGGCUUAUUAGCCGUCGUCAGCCAGCCAUACUCAAGCCCGAAGUGUGGAACACCUGAGCCUCGAACUCGCGACCUGUUGGUUUAGAAGUCCACGCCUCUACCCACCGGGCCACGAGCCCAUUGCCCUGUCGGUUUUGUGUUUUGUGUUUAAAAAAAUCCGGUUGCACUGAUGAUUCAGAAUGGUUUUUUAGGAUGAACGUUAACCUACGUAUCAGCCACAUUUCGUUGUUUUGGCAUUUUGUCAACAGCAAAUUUUGAUGGCUUGUAUAAAAGUAAAAAAAUAUUGUUUAAUAAUGAGUGAACUGCGAAAGCGUCGUUAAUCGGGAAUUUAAAGUACCACAUCUUACUACACGGUCCAUCGUUUUCUAUGCAAACGAGGAUAAUUGACAGUGCCAUUGAAGUUCACUAAGUUAGAGGGCCUCGUUUUCUGUUUUUUGAUUCUACAAUAAUAUCAGUAAUACAUGACUGUCGCUUGUGAUUCGGUAUCAGGAAAACAUUGUUAACUUAUUUUCAGUUAUAUUGGAAAAAUGUGGAGGUAGUUUUACACAUACUCCCAGCACUUCGCUUUUCGGAAAAACUAUUGAAAAACCUGUUUGCCAGGGUGCUAUUUUUAAGAGAUAUCUCGGUUUAAGCCUGGAAUAUUUGAAAUUUAAACGCUUGCUACCUCUUCCGGUUAUUAAAUAUAGUCUGUAUUUUUAUAGUUUAUAGAGAUUGUCGGUGCAGUAGUCCAAUAAAUACUAGUGUGGACUUUUAUGAUACUACUUCCUGAAACGCUGUUGUCACAAUAGUACAUGCGGGCGACUUUAUGUCCUUUGACAUAAUUAAUACGCCUGCUAAAAUCCGAGUACUUGUGUACUCUAAAAUAAACUGUAAAGGUGACAAAGGAACAUCUUUUGUAAAGUUUUCUGCCAAAACUAGACGAAUUUUCAAAUAGACGAAUUUUCCCUCAAAAUGAUUGACUGAAACUAUGCAGUUGCCAGUCCCUCUAAAAAUGAAUUCUUUUUUCAAAUGAGGAGCAAAUGAGGACUUCUUAUUCUGCCUGGCUUCUAACCUUCCAUUGUGAGAUCGAUAGAAACAAUUUAAAAUGAUACGAGCGAAGAUGCGAGUUCCAGAACCUAGUUGAUCAGAAGAAGAAACGAUCGCUGGAACAAGGUCUUAAUUCGCCUGACGUUUCGGAUUCCCACUUGAAUCCGUCAUCAGAGACAGCAGCUACCGUCUCUGAUGAUGGAUUCAAGUGAGAAUCCGAAACGUCAGGCGAAUAAAGACCAUGUUCCAACGAUCGCUUUUACUUCUGAUCAACAAUUUAAAGUGUUUUUGAGGUGUUGCAUCAUGUGCGGCCUUAAGAUGCAAUGUUGAAUUUUUUUGCCGUAUUCGCGAAGCAAGAUCGAGGAUCCAAUUAAAGCGGACAUUCAAACUCUUAAGUGGACCAUUAAUGAAAAUUUUAGAUACUCAUUAAGUUUUUCUGGGUCAAACAGUCUGCUAGUCGAGAAAACAAAACUCCUAAUCUUUGUGAAUCUGCAUGGAGUAAGAUCUCAAUCCCUCCUGCAGACAAAGCCAGGUGAUUACUCUUCAGUGAACUAUGACGGGUUCCUUAUAUGUGACCUUCGAAGUGGGAACAUUUUAGGAGAAGCAUCUGAGUGCAUAUUAGCCUAUUAAAAAUUCACAAUUUUUUUCGAAGUUCAGGAGACAGGGAACGUGAAAACAGCGUUUACUGGACGACCUACGGUGGCAACUUAUGUCGCUUCGCCUUUCUAUUUUAUGCCAGUCGGCUGGGCCGACGAAUCGUGCAGGCCAUAUCUGUAAAGAAACGUUUCUCAGUACCGCUUAUUUUCUAGAAUCUGCCUUCUUAUCUGAUCGGCCCCAAAUCUCAUGAGGGGAUUUUCGAAACUAAGAGUUGACCGACAUUUGUUGUCUUGAGAGGGCUGCAGCAUAGAUCUUGUUAUCCUCGCUGGUUUCAAACUGAAUAUUUGUUUCCGGGCUAUCAGCACUUGGUAGUCGAAUGUUUAAACCAAGAUGUUUUGAAAUGCCACUUUACAACAUGUAUCACGUUCACAUAGUGGUAGUACCUUCUAUCAUUUGCCGCCAAUGUUGCUACAUGAGAUUGGCAUAACCAUGUGGAAAUUAAGUACUUAUAUUUUUCGUUCGUUUUUUCCUAACACAGUCAAGACAGUCCUCAUUUUUCAUUUCCCUAAGGAUUCAGAUUUGAGCAAACUGAUGGAGAAAAAUCCGAACGGAUUACGGUCGCAAAACGUGCAGGUACGACAUUUAAUCCUUAUUUCAACGCCAGCUUUUCUUUCAUUCGCAUACUUCUUUUUUAUCCAUGCUUCCUCCCACCUUUCCUCUCCUUUCCUAGUAACAUAGCUUCUUUGCAUAGAAAUGCUCCUCUUUCGGUCUCCAAAAUACCCACUACUUUUGAUCAUUGGUUAUUAAGGCAGUCAUUUUGAAUCUCGGAUGUCCGAUAAGAAAAACAUGAGGAAUCUGAGCACUAGAUCCAUUUCUAGAAUCGACAAACGACACAUAAAUGAAAGUGGGAAAAAUUCCCUUUUGUCCAUUUUUUGCACGAGGACUUUUAGCCGCCAACGGUUGUAUUUUAUAGUCCUCAUGGCUGUUGUGAGAAAUCCAAAGGCGAGAUAAUCGUUUGCAGAGGAAUAACUGAAGACGUUGACUACUUUCAUUGGAGGUUUGCCAGUUGGUUUUCUGGUCAAGACGCUCUGACUCACAUCAAACCACCUGGUCAGAUUUCAAAAGCCCGCUAAAUGAUUUAAUCCGCUCGAGAGAGAUAAAUGAGCCUGAAUGAUUCAACUCUUGGUGUCCGUCAGUAUAACCGCACUGUCUUUCAUUCUUCGUUUGUCACUUUGCCGUUAAUCGGAGCGGACGCCAAAGUUACAGGUGUGGUUGAAAAGAUCACAAAACCUAAAAAGGUAAGAACAUUACUAUGACCGUGGGUUAACAGAAACGGCACUAUAAUGAUGCUAAUUUGAUUGCGCGCGUGUGAACGUGUUGGCCAAAAACCAUGGAGAACUUUAACCUAGUUACUAUAUCCUGCCGAAACUAAAUAAACUCUUACCGUAUAUCCACGGAUUUCGCUGGGGUAGAGGUCAUGAUAAGUCAAUCUCACCGACGAUCCCCUCCCUUCCAAGUUUUUACUGUGAACAAACGGACUAGUCGAGUUAUAAUGUGUUCUUUUAAACAAUGAACGUUUCAAACUUCUCCGAAAUGCGAACGAUGUCUUCUGUCCAAAACAUGUAUCUAUCACUCCAAGUGCAUGUGCGAGGUAUUUUGUUGUCCAUAAAUUGUUGUAAUGGAUAAAGAACUCAGUUUACUCUUUCCACUAAUGCGUAACCUGUUCCCUCUGCAUAUAAUCACGACUAAUUCUCCUUUUUUUGCAAUUUGUAAUAGCUUCUGCUUUAUCAACUUCUCCGAGGCCUUGCCUACUGCCAUGAUCGCCAAAUUCUGCAUCGAGAUCUGAAACCGCAGAAUCUCUUAGUUGCCGGAAGCGGUGACCUCAAGUUGGCCGACUUCGGACUGGCCAGGGCUAAGUCAGUGCCCAGCCAGACUUACAGUCAUGAAGUCGUUACGCUCUGGUAUCGUCCGCCCGACGUUCUGCUGGGGUCCACCAAUUACACUGCUUCCUUAGACAUGUGGCAAGUCAUCCCAGAUUCUCAGUUGAUUUUUGCGGUCGGAUUGACUAGAAUUCGGCUCAUAAGAGUACUGAUAAUUUAACUGCUUCUCCAGCGGAGCGUCCAGGUUUUAUUUUCCAAAAUAAAUCUAAUUUUAUUUGUAGACAGACCGACAUACUGGCUUUUUGUUGUUUACUCAGAAAAAAACAUGUAUUUUGGUUGACGUCUUCAGUUUCGGCGCGUUUGGAUGCCAAAUUCCGGCCGUAUUUUGGACGAAAUAAUACUAAAUGUAAUUUCCCAACUCAAAAUAAUUUGGUAAAUUGAUUUGAAAGAAGCCUUGUAUACGAAACGAUAACGGAUUUUCAAUAACUAACCAGUGUGAUGGCAGCUGAAUGCUCUAACCUACCUUUGAUUUAUGACUGCAUGUUGGGCGGUGGAUUUCGUGUAUUUGCGGCCGACCAAAUAUGACAAAUACUAUCCUUGAUCCUAACCGAGACUGAACCCAAUAUUUUGGCAAUGUCAGAACUGUUGUUUUGAUAGUUUCACCAGUUUAGAUUUGACAUUUGAAAAAACGUACAUAUUAAUUUAUUGUAAUAUACCGCGACGAAAUAUAGGGAUUUUUCGAGUAUUAUUUUCGUUGCUCUUUUAUGCGUUUUCUCAUGCUGUUGCCUAUGAAAGGUUGUCCCUGUGAAAAGAGACCCAUGUUGUCAACACUGACGCCAUGAAAACAUUUGGGUUCCGAUUGAAAGCAUUUUUAAGAAGCCUUUAAAAUGUGACUUUCUGCGAAGACUAGCAGUGUUAGCAAUGCUUAUUUCUCCACCGCAGGGCUCCUCCAGUUAAACUACAUCACAACGAGACACCUACACAUAAGAUGCACAUGCAAUAAGCUCUCCCUUUCCCGUCAAUUCACCUCAGCGAGGUGUUGGGAACCUUGUUUACUGCGUCUAGUUACAGCUCGCUGGCUUUUUGGAGGCGCUUGAAUUUGCUGCAUUUUGCGGCUGUUUUAUGGAUACUUUUUUUUAAAAAUAUGUGUUUCGAAUGUCCGCGGUUUAGCUUAAUGGUAAAAACGUUACAGAUAACGCCCUGCGCUUUCUGAAGGAGAAUGCGACCAUCUUUGCGGUUGUUGAAUGCCUCGUCGAAAAGAUUCAAAAUAGGCUAUGUUCGGGAAUAUAUUUAUUUCUGGCGGUCGAAGAAAGGCUUAAAUGUCCAGAGGGGUUUUUCUCUUAACGAAAUACAUCCGUCCAAAAGUGUUUGGUGUUUUCAAACGUCCUUGAAGACAACAAUAUUAACCGUCUUCACUAUGUUAAGGUUGUUUUACUAUUUUCUAGACAUAAGUGUUACUAAUUUUUCCAUGGAAAAAGGUCGAUUUGUUAUUGCGUAGGCAAAUAUCUUUUCGUUUACUAUUCCACAUCUCCAUGUCAUCCGAAGUCAUGAUUUUCCUGAUAUAUCAACGUUUUCGGUCAUUUCUCAACGUCUACAUUUUGGAAUAAUGUCUGACCACACGUGUUUCAUAGGUGUCAUAUUUGUCUGUUAGGAUGUUUACUUUCUGAUAUCUAAGCUAAGGGGAUUCAUUUUAGUUCCGAAGACAACUCUUAAAAUGUGUAUGAUAAUCAAAUACCUUAGUUUUCAGGUCCUUGCUAAAAUCCUUUUCUACAAAUCCACUAACUUUGGUCUUUCCAGUUCCUCUGCCGAAUGUAGAAUGCAUGCAUAAAUCAGUUUAGCCGGUAUCACCACUCACAGAAGAGUGAAAAUUAUUCUCACAUAGGCUCACUUUCAUGUCCUGAUUAAAGUAACGUGUAGGAUUCCCAGCGAAACUGGCGCCUGUUAUAAAAUAAACUACUUUCUGUCGCGAAGCAUAUUGAACGACACAGCAAAAGCCGUGUCAUAUUCUACGUGAACUGUCGUCCUUUGUCAGAGGGGCGAAAAUCGGGGUGGCAAAACUUCGUCCGCUCUCUGUGGGAACGCAACUCGCCGAUGGCGACGGCAUCCAUUAUGUGCGCUGAGACGAGGGCUUAAGGUGCGCGAUUGUGUCUGUGGGGAUGGUCGUGCUCACGUUUGAACGAACUAUCCUCGUUCAACUGCGGCCAUCCCAUUAUUGGUCUUUUUAGUAUCAUAUGGUUUUGAGUAAGUUCUUAGAACUAGUGUUGGCUCCUCAAUUUCCACAGUCUGCGCAUAGUUACCAGUGGCCGGUGGCCACCGAUUAUCUCUUAGACAUCUUAACUUCGUACACAGUUCCUUGUUAUCCGCCUUUCUGAGAAAAUAUGCUAGUUACCUGAUAGCAACUCCGAGGCUUAAAAUAACUGUCAGUGGUACUAAAUUAGGCAGUUUUAUAGUCCUAAUACCCGAAGGAAGGUGAGUUCGGACAAUAGUUUUUCAUUUUUGUGGGCUUUCGAAUGCCGGGCUGAUUUUAAUAUGCUUUUUGCACUUAACCUCUUUUGAACUCUCUCGUUUCUUGCUUUUGUUUGGACGGAAGAUUAACACUCCUUCCCGCUUCACUGGUUAUGAAAUCGGUUAGCGAUUUUGAAGUAAGGUUUUCUGGAAAAAAAUUGAUUAGUGAUCUGUACAAUAUAUCAAGUGGACUAAUUUUCUUCUAAAUUUUCUGUGUAGUUUAGAGUAUGUUGUCUGACCAGUGUUUAGUUUGAGGACUGUGAUUAUAAACAGAGAAGCUAAAGGCCGUUCGCUCAAGUAAAUAACUAACGUAAUUCAAAUUUUAAAAAAACAUUUUUACAUUAAUCCUGAAAGAUACGUUCAACCAGUGGACUGGCCUACUGCGUAUUCGUAAAUCAACUGCCAGAGGCUUAGAUAAUCACAUAGCUCAUUCAGCCUUCAUCGGAACCUGCUGGCAAUAUAACAACUAAAUAAUCGAGCUAUAUAACCUAUUCUAAACAAGAAAAAGUCUCGAAAAACGAUAUGAGGAAAGCUGAAUACAUUUACACAGGGCGACAACAUCCUGUAUUUGGCAGGAAGCCGCAAGAAUUCCGCCAAACUGCUAGCCCUGUUUGGGAAUUUGUGGAAUUAUUUCCAAUAUAAAGGAUUCGUUUUCGAGGUCCUGCUGCUCAUAGAAGAAUAGCGCAAAAGGUGCACCACAAUAUCAAGUCGACAAAUUUUUGCCCCAAAUUACGGAUCAACUGCACAGAUACGUUUUGCAAACUUUUUCAAAUCCUAGAGUUAUUGACUUCGUUAAAGCUAGCUCAUUGUGUGACCACAUUUAAGUUUUUAAAGGGGCCUUAUUUCAUCUACCUUCUGUAGUCAAAGUUAUGCCAAAUAUUCCUUUAUGUUGGGAUAUACAAAUAACUCCACUUUUACGGUUUGACUUAUAUUUAGCCGAUGAUGAAUAACGUAAAAUCAAAUCAACACAUUAUAGUAACGAGUUAGGCGUCAACGUCGUAUGCACGUUUCUCGCAUUUUUCCCAUUCGUAGGGUAUUUGCUUUAAGAAAGCUUGCUUAUUGGAGGGCCGUGGUUUGUUUCUAAAUAAAUCUUAUUGCACUUGCCCUAUUGUGCGAAAUUUAUUUCAAAUAUCUAAUCGGGUUGGGUAUAAAAUAAUCCUAGCUGCACGGUUAGAUUUUGAUUAAAUCGACGAGCAGGGACAUGAUGUUUUUCAUCUUAAUUGGGCGGUGAUUUAAAUUACACCAUAAAAUAUGCGUUGAAGCGGUGACGGCCCCUAAAUUUUUUAACUAAUAAAGCUCCCUUAGAUGUUUUGACAAUUGCUCCCGAUUAGCAAAGAGGCUUCUUUGAAUAUAUCCGAUUCGAGUAGGGCAUAAAAUUUUGCAUUGUAUUUGUCCGAAAAUCUCGGAUCGAAAUAAUUUAGUCUUAGUUUAAGUACCGUGAAUAUUACUUCAGUUUAAAAUUUUCAACUGAUUAGUAAAUUCAUAUUAGCUCUGACACGAAACCAUAAAACCGAAGAAGUGGUGAUUGCGUGGAGUUUGUCUCCAAAGUGCAUAUUUCAGAGUUAACUUUUAAACACAUCCCACAGUCGACUUUGUUUGCUUCUUGUGGUUCUCUUAUGCAUGGGUGGAGUCUGUUCUUUUUCUCAUUUCGCGUCUUUUUUCGUCCUCAGGGGCGUUGGUUGUAUCUUCUUGGAAAUGUUGACCGGCGUCGCUACCUUCCCCGGUUCCAAGGACGCUGUUGACCAAUUGGACAAAAUAUUCAAGGUAAUGAUAACUGGCUGAUCUGACAAGCAAGUUAUCUGCGUUUUUGAAAGGUUUCUGGCGACUUAGUAGUCCAGGAAUUUUGUGGAGAGAUUUGUGCACUAUCGGUCGGCUUAUUAUAGUGGAUUCUUCUUGCUCACACACAGUUACAGCAGUUAAGUAAAAUAGAAUUCUUUAUAAAGAACCGUCUCCUCUUGUCGAUAGUGUCUGCUUUACUGUCAGUCGCUUGCAGAUUAAGGGUAACGUCGUAGUGCCUGUCGCACUCAAGACAGCCGAAAGGAGCGUUAUCAAGUGACUGCAAACACACUACAGCUAUUAUUAAUGUGCCUCAAGGGAAUUCCAAAGCGGACAACAGACAUGAGACGACUCAGGUGUGAGGAACAGGUAGAAACGGUGUAGUUAUCCGCGCUAAGUCCAGCUUGGAUAGGCAAUUGGGACGUUUUUUACCCUUCAAACCUUGCUCUGCGCGCCGUCACAGUACUAUUACUAACAAUUGGCAAACUUCAAGAUGCGAAGCGAGAAUAGGUCCGCGAGUGACGAUGAGCGAACGGUGCACUAAGGACGGUACCAUAUGCGGUCAACAACAGAACCGCAUAUAAUUUAACUGGAUUCAUAAAAAUCCUACUCGAUAUCUUCGAGUGUUCAUGCAAAUAUCGUUUACAAAUUUCUGUUGGUUGUUGUAAUUUGGAUCGUAAUGACGAACCCUCUAUUGAUUUUCUGUUAGAUUACGAUAUUACACAGUGCCUAUUAAAUAUUUCUGCUAAGUUCUGUGAGCUUACUGAAAGGUAGACUGUAGUUUUCCAAUCCUUAUGAACGCCGGCAAAUCUAAACAGAAGAAUGUGUUUAACCUCGGCGCCAAACUCACCAAAAGUCGCCAUGUUCGCAUCAGCGUAAAAUAUUUUGUGGCUCAGACGAACUAAAAUACCUGCGUUAGACGACUACAAAUAAAUUGACGGUGCGUACAAAUUAUGCUUUAUGCGAGGAAUGUAUAGCUAUAUGAUUAAGCGUGGGUACUUUAUAAUACUACGGCAUACAUGCUGGCCUCAGCGUGAAUAAUGUUUUUACGAUAGCUUUUUUUUGGUCGCACAGCGAAUUAAAGGACGUCCUGGGAAAACGACUUAAUAGUGUUGAUGGAGUGCUGUAAUGCCGAGGAGACUGUGGUGAUCGCUUCUUGCAUUUAAGUCGUCAUCGGCGAGGAAUGUUGCAACAGCGCUCCUGUAACUUUACUACAUUACUGAAACUUUCUUCAGAAUCCUGGAAUUUAUAUGGGAUUUCAGCUAGUCUUAGGUGGUCGAUAAGUCCCCUCUAUGUUUUUAUCAAAUUUUAUGCCCCGACUUAUAAAAAGCUCUUCCUUGGAAUUCCAAUAGUGGAAUUUUAUGAAGAAGCAACGCGCAGCAGUAUUUGACUAAAAAUAACUAAGUGCGAAAUUUUUACAAAAAGCCUUCACACCUUUUAAAUGAGUGCUGCCACCCGUGGGUCAAUCCGUAUAGGGGGGUCGGACUUCGCCGGACUGGCUAACUAACGUUAUGUAACCUUCUGGUGAAAAAUGCGGCUAGACCGUUGCCUGAAACUUCCUAUAUGGAUAAUAAGAUAAGGCUGCAGGGAGUUGUACGAAGCACCCGCUAGAAGAUACACUUUUGAUUUGAUUGACAUUCCAUUUUGACACCAUUUCGGGAUUUCGGUCUGCUGAUAAAUACGUAGUGAAUGACCUUGGCACUGUCCUUCUGAAUUCUGCCUUCCUUUGUAAGGCUUAUCGAGAUUUUGACCUGAACAUCAGGCUUAAAUUGGCAGGUUGAGUUUGUUAGCUUAUUCGACAUAUUUAGAACAUAAGUUUGGCGAAAAUGCCCAUUGUUUCCCCUUUUUUGAUCUGUAAGAAUUAUGUAUUAGCUGAUUGUACUCAUGGACUGUCCUCACUCAGUCUAAGCAAAUUCAACACAAGCUCGAAAUUUUGUCCUUCAAUUUAGGUCGUUUGGUUUUUGAUUUUGUAUGCGGAACGAACUGUUACGAAGAAGGGGGGCGAAAGUCCGAUUGAUUGAGCACCAGAACAGUUUGUUUUUGUUUUGAGCUUUCCGCCUCGUCAGAACGAGCGGCAGUUAUAGGCAGUGCAAGUCAUCAUCGAUCGAUGGCACAAGACUGGAGAUGACUGCUCAAAACUCUGUACACCGGCGCCCGAUCGAUAAAUAGCUGGACGGAGUUCUUGUCUGAGGCCCAGGCUUCAAUCAAUUCUUUGCCUGUUUUGUUUCCGGCAUGGGCGAUUAUCUUGGUGGCUGCGAAUCUAAACUCAUGACCUAUUUCGUAGAUGCAGGCAGCCACCUGCGAUACUUUGUCGUCUCCCUGCGCGCGAUACCUGCAUACGUACAGUCCGACCUGUAUAGUUACAAGGGCAGUUUUGGCAAAGGAUGCGACAAACUACCCCAGAUUGCUUCUCAGAGAUUAAGUGGUCUCUGAUGUUUAUGACCUUGCUGCAUACUGUGGUUUUAGGCUGGUGUGGCAUUCCAACCAUGGCAGAAAAUGCCGUAUUUCUGUUUGGGUCCUCUGUCGUCAUCCUGCUCCUUCGUCAAUACUACACACAAAUGAAUAUCAGAAUGAACUACUGAGCAUAGGCGUUUGGUUCAGAUCUACUCAUCCAUUAUUCGAAUGCGCGUAAGCGUACUCCCCGCAGUGUGGUACUUCUCCAUUUUUCUACGUUCUGAGGUUUCGGUUUGAGAUUUGCUCGUCAGCAUUUGAAAUCUCAGACUCAACAAAUCUAACCGUUUGGCGCCUGAAAAGAAAAAUUAUGCUGCAAGCGCCUGUCCACAGUAUGCAGGAGGAGACCUGUCGUUCAUGAUACCACAAAGCUUUCGAAUCUGCCAAUGUUGCUGUGCUUUUGUCGAAAUUGCACUCGUUAGCGUAAAAUUUCCUAAGAAGUCAUCAGUAGGAAGAAGUCAAUGGAAUUUCUGAUCAUCGAAAAUUAUAUUCAUCGGAUAUUUUGGUAUACAAAGCCUACAUUUUACCUACUUAAUGGCGUUCCUAUUUCACCAGUUUGGCAGCUCACAUUGGCGGAAGAAGGCUCCGACGACAUCAUGGCCCAUCCACUUUCGCCAGGCAGCCUUCCUCUGUUAUCCGGCGAUAGGCGAAAGCUCAUUUGAGGGAUAGCACCAACUGUUGCCCUCCAACGGCCUUCCUUAUUAUCGCGUUUCGGGGACCAUGUCGCCUUUUUGCUAGCCAUAAAAUACUGCAAAAUCUAAUCAGCAUCUCAGGCAAGAAGCCCAAAGCAUAUGCGUGAUUGUUUGCGUCUGUUAAAAUAUUGCUGCCAUGAGAGGUGGAUUUUUACAUGCGUGGACUAUCAGAAAAAAACACUCAACAUUGAGGAAAAAUAUAUUUAAAAUAUGCACUACUGCUUUAUUUUAAGUGCCUGAAAAUGACGACUGCAGUAGAUUAGUUCGGUUAAAGAUCUACACCCAGUAAUUAGUCAGUAACUAUAAUGUGUAAGUACUGUUUCAACCCAUGGGCGGUCACUAAAAUGCGGUCUGAAGCCUGCUAUUAUAUAUUGCCAAUACGUAAUGCAUAUGUUACGCAUCGUCGGUUUCAAUUUCGCAUGAUGUCGGUAACUUGGCUGCAUCUUUCUUGGGAGAAAUGACUUCUUUACGACAGUGUUUUUUUCCUUUAUCUGCGUACGAAGAUAGAGAGUACUCAGGAAGCGGGAACUCAAAGCCAAAAGAAACUCCCGUUUUUCAUACUUGUGUAUGUACGUUUAGAUGAUUUUAAAAAACGUCUCUCACCUGCUUUGAACUUGUGCUAACGUUCCCACUUUUCCAUGUAGAUUCGUCUGAUCUUCUCAUUACAACAUUAAAAACGUGGUCUCUUCAUUAUAAGAGGAAAGCGAUUGCUAAUGUCCACCGUGAUAGAACACUCUAGGGAGAUUUGAAAAUACAGGAAGGCGUAACGACUCACUGUGAUAUAAACGCUCAACCGUAAUACGAAGACGACUUAGUGUCUCACUCUCCCAACAAUAUAAUUACUGAGCGGACUUCAUACUGAUUAUCCAUGUCUUUUGAAUGUUCUACUGCGUAAGUCUGCCCGGGUGAUUUUGACAAAUACGCUCUUCCAGGGGAAUUUGAUUGGAAAUUGAUUCGCUGUGUUUUAUAUUUUCGUCAUUCAGUUUAAUCUAAAGAACUCUUUUAAUUUAUUGUCUUUCAGAAAUGCAUUUAGUAAAUCCUGUAGAGCAAUUGCUUCGUUGAAAUUUCCUGCAAAUACCAUGGUGGAUUAGGGUGAAUAAGUUAAAUUUGCUUAUUUUUAAGCCGAGCAUCUGCUGAAAAUUUCAAACGAUCAUCUUCUGUCAUGUUGAACGUUUCGUACUAUUACCGUAAACUAGGCCCAGUUUUGAUGUUGCAGCACUUUAUUUCUGUCCCGCCAUGAUAAAACAUGACUGCGCCUUUCGGUCGCUUCACAUAUAUGGCGCGUAGGAGAACACAUUCAAAAAAAGUAAUUUUGUAAAAAUACUACUCGGCUAACCGGCGUUUUCUCGCGCAUUCAAGCCUAAAAUCAUUGCGUUUCAUCUGAUGAUCUGCCGACAAAAUUCCGUAACUUCCUGCAACAAGUGCAAACCUAAGAACACAUUGCCUGAAAGCAGGCGCGCUUUCGAUAUCUCCAUAAAAAGUGCACUCAUAACGACUGCUCCUUUCGUCGUUUAAAAAGAUGUGCCUUUUUGGCGCAUUUAUCUUUAUUCUACUAGCCGUGAAAUUUGUCUCUUCAAAAGACUUCUCCUAAUGGCACAUUAUUUCAGCAGUAAGGACCGUGCAGGGCUGGAUUCUUGCCCAAUAAAUUUAAUUUUCAAACACACAUGUCCUGAUUUUUGUUCUCAUGUCUGCAUCUGGUAGCAGUUAUUUUCAAAAAUAAGUCACCUCUCUUGCGGCAUACAAGUCAGCAUCCGGCCCCUCGCUUACUACGUUGCGUUAUGGCCAACCGGACGUUGUUGUGUACUUUUGACUAAAAUCAGAAGGCAGUUGCCUCUUCUGAGGGUUUUUUUACAUGGUGGGCUAAUCUUUAGGUGAACGGUACUUUUGUCGGUCAGCCGUCGGCAGACAAACGGGAGCAGAUGUGCGCCCUUACCGGGGACAGAUUUGCACCUUCUUCAAGUAGUCAGUGUUCGACUUAACUUAUGCAAGAAAGGGACCUGGAAGACUUCGAGCAUCCUCGCGGGCCUAAAACCAUCCUCCCAGUUAUCGGGUUUCAGGGAGAACUGCGCUUGAGAAAUGAGAACAAAUAAGUCCUCUUAAGCCAGUGUUAAAUUACCUCAGUCAAGAAGGCAAUUUGAUUCUUCCUGAGAAACACAGUCUGGUCCUGCAUCGAGUCUAACUCCGUGUUUAAUGCGCUAAGGGCAAAAUUUUCUUCCGAACCAAAUCCAAGCAAAAGCAAUUAAAAUUUUGCCUGUCAGGUUGAUCUCAACGUGUGAUCAGCUCCGGGUUUUUCAUCGGUCAGGAGCGGGUGGUCCCGCUAUGGCCAUCGAGCACAUUUAAAUAAAUAAGCUACUGGGAAUAGGCGGUACUAAUUGCCAUGCAAGCCAGUUCACUGAAAAGGGGUCCAAUCUCGCCACACUCAGUGCGGAAAGUUCGUCGGAGAUAUGCCAACAAAUAAAUGGCAACUAGGAUAGUUUACCCUGGCUCCUUUACUGCCGAUAGUAAUGCAAAACGCAAGAUGGGACAACUCGAGAUCUGAGUCUGAGCUUAAUUAGUCACAAGGUUUAGCGCCUUUUCUGAAACUCUUCUUAAUCUUCUUGAAACGCUAAAGAGUCAUGCAGGUACUGUGCAGACAGUUUCCCUCAGCUAUUAGCUCCGCACCACUAGCUAACCUUAAAAUUACAUGAUUCGUUCCGUAUAUCUAGAAUCAAUCGCAAACCAGAUUUACGAUUGUAAAAUCUAGGUUUAUGGUAGAGAAAAUGAAACGAUUAUUCAGGGGAAAUCUGGUGCCAUUUUAUCGGAGUGAGUGAUCGAUACCACAAAAUAUUAGCCGAAAUUCUUAAAUGCCUUUUAAAUUAGGAAUUAUUACUAACGCGGUGUUGGAAUAUUGAUUAAUAUGUAGCAUAAUCCCUUGACGUUUCCGAUGCGCCAGGAUGUUGUAUUUUGAAUGCGCUUCUCUUAAUUUACUUAGAGAAACCGUUCUCAUUAAAAAUUACUGCUUAAAUAGCAUGCGCUUUCUAUAUCGAUUUCCAACGUCCUUGUAAAUUCAAAUAUAUUUUGGUAACAACAUAGAGGAAAAAGUUCUUUCUUGUAUUAGUUGGGUAGCAAAUCACGUUCCAAUCAAAGUUUAUACUCGAAGAAAAGGUAUUUCUCGGUUCUAAAACGUUUGUAGUCAUAGGAUUUUUAAGACCCUGCAAUGUUUACUCGAAUAGCAUCGCAUCUGUUUGUUUAAUAAUACUUCUCGUUAAGAAGACGAAAAUGUGAUCACUGAAACAAGUAGUUUAUUGGCCAACACAUUUUUUGUUCCAACGAAAGCAUCUUCGUCUUCUGAACUGCUACAUGGAACUCGGCUGUUAGCUUCUAUUAACUUCUGGUUAUACAUAUACAACCUAGUUCAUAUUCUAUGCAGUAUUUUAGGAGCCGCAUACGACAUUCUCUUUAUGGCAAAAGGGAACACAUGUUUUCCUCAAACUGAAAGUGUACGACUUGUAAAGCAAAAAUGCAACGGCUAAUCGAUUUCAAAAAAAUUCGGGAAUUUAAAAAACUUAAACGAAAGUAAACAAUUUCUUCAAGUAUAAACUUUGAAGAGGGCAUCAUUUUUUACCAGCGGUGUACAAGGAAAACUUUUUUAAUGGAAUUUUUCUAUCGAGUAAAUUUGAUUUUACAAGGGCACCGAAAAUCGAAAUAGUAGGUGGUUGCUACUUAGGUAGUUAUUUAUACUGAGCGGUUAUUGCGAGCGACCGAAAAGAAGUGCAUCCAAUAGCCAGCAGCCUGGCAUAUCUGGGGUAUCACGGGGUUACCUGGCGAGAUAGUCAGUCCUACUGCCCCACUUAAACAAUACUUUAUAACCAUAAACGCAUUUCAGCAAUUCGGUUAACAUUUUAUUACCCACGUUACUGACGGCGCAUACUGGGAAUCUGAUAUUUGUAUAGGAAAUCUGUUGUUGUCCAAUACAAGCGGACUCUCGUCAACGCAUCCGCACUUAAAUCUUGGUACAGCACUCCUCAGAAAAGCCACUCUCUGCCUCCUCCUAGGCGUCUGCCGACUCCUGGGUCCGUAGACUAAAUGCCUACAGGUCUGUCCACUUAGAAGUGUCAGCAAAACAUUUUGGCAGGAAUCCUUCAGGGUCGACAAGAUGCAGUCUGUGACAGCUUACGUUGAGCAGAGCUAUGUACUGAAUUGGUCUUAUUUUGACUGUCCAUGGUUAUUCCACAUCUUGCGUGCCCAUAAAUCUGGGUUGCGUACUGCGGCAACCUAUUCAAGACGCUGAAUAUAUCUCCCGUUGCCGGUAUCUGAGAGAAGUUUACUUUGGGUUGGAUGGGCAACCAAAGCUUGUAAGACGGGGUGGGGGGAGAAAACGCCAUAUCAGUCAGUGGGCCUCAUCACAUAUGAUUUCGAUUAUUGUGAGACUAAAGUGCGGCUCACGACUGGUUGGAGGCAAGCGGGUAUACCUGUCGUUUCUGCCACAAUCGACUUCACCACAGAGAUUGUUACAUAACCGAACGGUAGAUUCCCCAACAGGUAAGUCAGAACGUAGAUACGGGACACGUUAGGAAGUGCCCGACAACUGUUAAAUGUGAUUUGCGGUGGCAUUUCUCCAUUCGUCCCACGGUCGACAUCCGGUCGCCCAGCGAAGCUGAUAGGUGAUUGGCUAAGGCAUACCCAGCAUGUACCACCUUGACGAUAUCAGAAUUGGUGGCGGUCGUUCCUCGCCUUCUUUAUCCGUCAGGGUUGGGGUAGUUGCAGAGGCAUCCAGCUCGCGCGAAACGUGGUCGAGGCAUGGAGGAACGUUUAGGGCAGAAAACAAUGGCCUACACGAUCAUAUUUUUGUUCUGGGGCGCAUCGUAUGGGUCGAGGUUGACAAUGCAUCAAUGAAUGGGUAAAGGUUCUGUAUGACCAGUGAUGGUUUUGAACGUCCGUGGGGACGCAUCAGUAGUGCUUUGGGCACAAGCGACUUUGUGUCCUCCAACAUCCAGUCAUGGUUACUGACGGGAUAACUGGGUCCUCCUCUCAGGUCUCUCCUUCGUAAUGUGACCUUUAUGGUGCUUCCUGCUCCGUUAGGAUCCGACCAACCCUCUGUUUUUUGCUAAAGCAUUGGUCAAUCGUGCGCAGUCCAAGCAUGUGUGACAUGCGUGCAUGGACCAGUUCAGCCAACGCAUCCGUUAUCGCCUAUGGUCUUCUUGACUCUGUUAUACCAAGUGGGUGGGAGAGGAAAUAGUACGGUGGAUUCAGCGUAUGGCUACUGCCAUUAUAGACUAGUUCAUACGCGAUUCACCAUCCCCUCCGGUCAACCAUUCUCUGGGUCAUGUUGGUGGACAUCGUCGGUAACGAAGUUCGAACUCUCACAUGUAGCAAAAAAUUGUUUUAAACUGCAUUCUUGAUAACGAACUCGCCGUAGUAAUUGAACUGUCGCUGACGUUAUCUUAAUUUUCUCAUCUGUUUGAAUUAUAAACCGCCCGAUUGUAGUACUUGUGAAUUGCAUAGCUUUGUAGUCUUUUGAUUUCAAAAUCUUGCUGCUUUUUGGGUGAGUUGUGACAAGCUUUUUAAGUUGAGUCUCAUCUGUCCUACAUCGUCCUUCCUUGGACAGCUUUCCACUCCAAAGCAAAUGUCUAAAAUUUUCUCUUACAUUUGUUUGGACAAAUUGUUCGUUUAGGCUAACUGAUUAAGUUUUCAUGCAUGAAUCUUCUAAAGGAAAAUAAAGGGCAGGGACGUUUUCGGUUAUGUCGCAAAAUUCCAAAGAAUAUUUUGUCGAUUACUCUUAUCAUUUAAAGAUGGGCGACGGUAGGGUGUAGGGCCUGAACUAAUUUGUGCUAGCCUGUGGACCGUGUUAUACGUUGAGUGGUGGUAGGGGGGGUUUUACGGGUGGGGCGACACGCAGGGCUGAGAGCCGGUGCAGUGCAAAGGACACAGAAAAUAGCUACAUUUCUGCCGAAGGUCUUAUCGCGCACUAUCAUUUAGAAAAGAUAUUCCGCGCGAUAAGUUAAAAAGUAGACUAUAUGCAAUGCUCAAAAGAUAACGGACUUUAAAAAAAACCCCCUCGGGUAAGUUAACAUUUAGUUUUCUAGUCUAGAAAAUUCCAGCCAAUGGGGACUGUGAAUAAUAGGCCAUGUUCACAGUCACACUGUAUUUUCGUGCACAUGUUGGAUUUGACAGCUACGUGGGGUCGUACAUCCUACCGUUACCUAGAGAUGUAAAUGCAACCACUUUCUUCGCCGGUUAAGAAGGUCUUGUUGAUUACAUUUUUGAGAACGUUGAUUUGUUAACUGGCAAAAUGCAGAAUUCUCCGAUCUGGGAAAUUUUGAGGAGGACGCUUUGGUUGUUCCUUUUGUAAAAAUGAAUUUUUUUAUCCUUUUGAGACUGUAAGCCGCUGGUUCUUUCACAGGUCAGUCAAGUAACAUGAGGGUGACAGGGAGGCAUGAGGACGGGUCCAGUACUUUUCCAGUAGUAUUAGUGUUUAGGUUGGAUAGUUUGUGUUGAUUUGGUUCUUAGCUGGUACGUUAUGCCCGAAAUAAAUCACGGCCUCAACAAAAUACUUCGUCUUUUCUUGAGCUAAUUUAUCAGGCAGAGUCUCAGGGUUUGAGAAGUCAACCACGCGUCCCGUGUUACGUACAGGUGGGGUCGCCUGGCGUAAUCUCUAAAUCCUCCCUGAUUAUUUUUGGAUUCUUCCGCGAACUUUGAUUUUCUGACGUUGACGGAGUGUAGGAUUUUGCUGAUAUGGCCCGAUUGAAGGAGGAAAUUUCUGGCGGUUUAAGUGAGAUUGAUAAUAAACUGCAUGAAAACAUAAUCCUUUAAAUCAGCCUUUUGGCGGUCAUCUCGUUUGUGGUUGACUUUUCCGGAUCCUCCGUAAGACGUGAGCGAAUCACUCUAAGAAGGAUUGAGACCGGAGCGACCCACUGUCGAACUCUAUACGACUGGCCAACAUGCUGCAUCAUUCGAGGCGUUGCUUUGUGGUGUGAGUAUUUUAUUCGAAUCAGCUGCAUUUCUGCAGAUCUUCCCUUCACCUUGGUGUCCCUAAGGUCCGGUUGUCUGGUACCUGCUGCGGUAAUGGGCUCUAUGUUUGAUAAGUGAAAUCUACGACCUCUGCGUUCACUGAUAUUUACUCCUCGAACAUGGGCUUGCAUGACUUACGAGAGUCGUAGUGUACUGUUCUUGCGGUAGGUAGAAUAUUCCUCUGGGCAAUGUACGAAAAACAAAGAUGGCCUCAGAUCUUAUUGGUUAUAAUUACCGUAAAAUUAUUCGACGCCUAUGGAUUAAACACGAUCCUGAAACAUUCGUCAUACGAGGCCACAUAUAGAUCUGUCUAACGGUUUGCUGCGGUAAAUUUAAACCAAAAGCGCACGUUUCAACCAGCAAAAAGAGCACACGAGUACUUUCCGACUUGCAAAAAUGUAGUAGACUUUCCGCGAACUCCUGUUAGCCAAAUUAUUCACAGAAACUUACUCUCUGUUUUCCAAAGUGUCUCUCUUAUUUACGCACGCCAUAUUUCGAAGGGUAUGUUAGACAUGUACAACAGUCAUUAAUUCAGGGUACGGGAGCUGUCAAAACACGUUGAUAGCGUAGAGUGCCUCAAAGAUCCUUUUGGCCCAUAAAAUCGUCUCCUGCCUUGUGGACGGCAUCUGCAAUUUAAAAAAACAAAAAGCUAUUGCCGGGCAAACGGUUUGCAGAUUUGUUGACCAGUUAUGUCGCUACAAAUGCAUGACGACUAGACAACAGAAAAAAACAUCGUGUUUUGUCCAAACGAUCGUAAAUGCUGCCUAAACCAUCCGCGUUGCCUCGGUAGAAAGCACAUUGAUUGAGAGCCCAGGACUGUGCCAUCCCUGGCGAGGUAUACUGCACGUCAACCAUCAAGAAAGAUAAUACGGCAGGGAAGGCAUCAGAACUGAAGUCAUUUUAGGCCACGAACACAGUACGGCCAUGGUAGAAAGUCCUCAGAAAAAAAAUGAGGCCUGGGACUGGAGGAGGCUGGAGCCUCCUAUACAUGCACUUUAAAUCCCCACUUUUAUCCCAGUUGCUUUCUUAAAUUUCAGUGUAAACAGCAACCAAAAAUUCAGACACGCAUUCUGCUUAUUUUCUGUGGUUUCGCGCCUCAACUGCGUGAGGUCUGGCUCAUCAAUUGGUCACUGUGUGGUUUCUAUUGCAUACGCAGGUUAUGCACUUUUAAAGUCUGACUUUCCACUGAAGUUAAUACGGGAACUUGAGGAGUGCCGUGUGGAACUCCGCAUGAAAAGUUUUGCUUAAAGUUAUCAAGUACAUCUGAAUUACCGUAUGCGCUUACAAAUCAGAUAGUUGGACUUAACUUCAGUUUCUAUCAUUACGUUAUGGCUAAAACAUGACCUUAGAUGAGUGUUUUUAUUUGGUAGUUCACAGACGGCUGACCUGCUAACACAUUAUGGUCGUAUAAAUGCGGAUGAAACUUAAUACCUUUUUUAGAAUUUUGCGCUACCACAUUGUCGGAAUCUACAUGGGCACCUCUAUUUGAGCAUUCGAGUUAAUUCUAUGUUCCGUGGGCGUUGAAACAUCCGGUCUUUAUGCAUUUGUAAAAUAUUUGCAGAGCCUGGGACAUUUUCGAAUUUGCAAAGGAUAGGGAAAACCCCUCCUUCAGUAGACACCCUUGCUUUUAGGACCACUGUCCAUUUCAGUCUCUAAAUUCCGUUUUUUGUUAAAAUUCUAUUUACUUGUUGACCUUGCUAAAAGGAGGGAAGAGGCGGAUUUCAGGAAGUAGCCCUGAAGAAGCGAACGCAAUCGCUGGAACAAGAGAUUUAUUCGCCUGGCGUUUCGGAUUCCCACUGGGAUCCAUCAUCAAAGACAAAUUUAGAUAAGGGUAGUGGAUUGCCAGGUGCUAUAGUAUUGAUAGGAUGUAGUUACAAAAAUGCCUAUUACGAUUGGCAAUCCCGCAUGCAUCACAGUCGGACUGCCUAGGUGUUUCAGUGUGAUUUUGCCAUGCAAUGGCAAUGCUCCUGUCCAAAUUAUCGACUUUCACGCCCAUUGCACUCAGCUGAGUUGAUAACUUAUGGGAUUUCAUCAUCCGCGUGGGCUCUUGGGCAAUUUGGCUAACCAACAUUGACACCAGGAACAGUGGUUAAACGUACGCUCUCCGUGUGCCUAAUUACUUUGCUUAGGCAAAUUCUCAGCGUCGAAUUUGGAGAGGGGAGGUCGUUACGUUUGUUGGUUGACUGAGAACCGGAAAACCCUGUGUCCAACAGUUCGCGGCUCACGCGGUUGUUGCCUCUAACAAGAAUUUCGGCUUUGCCGACAACUGCACCAGCUCCGAUAGGCGUGUGAGCCGAUAUUUUUGGCAGGCAGGCAGGCGCAUAGCAACCACAUAGCAAGUGCAUCCUGCAACACCUGGCCAAUCGCACUGUGAUGCAUUCGGGAACUGCCAAUUUUGAUAGGUAUGUAGUGGCCUAACAACUACGGCCUAUAAAUGCCGCAACGCCUUGGCAGAUCACUAUCCGUUUCCGACUUUUUCCCUGGUGAUGGAUUCGAGUGAGACUCCGAGACGUCAGGCUAAUAAAUCUCUUGUCGGAUUUGUCCAUUUUCUGGCUGCACUCAGAAUACAAUGUUGUUCAAUUGGUCUGGGUUAAUGAAUUUGAAUCCUCUCAUCACAGUACCUGAUGGGUUCUCCCGGAAGAUGUAGAGAAAAUUUAACCAAUUAAAAUCACAGGUCGUAAUGGCAGCAGCUGGCCAGACCAGUUGGAGUGAUUAACUUUAGUUCAAGUAAGAAUUAACUGUCGCUUCAGGUGUCUUUCCUCGAAGGAGAUCUCUCAUUCUGUGCACGAAGUCAUGUUUUCUGUCUUUCUUAAUGCUCUACUGAACGAUUUCGUCAAUAAAUCCCGUUCAUAGUGACUAGACAAUUGAGUACUGGGUAUCGUUUCGACAUUUACCAUCACCCACUCAUCAAAAGCGCACCCUUAACCGUCCGGUUAGGGAUCUAAAGCUGGAAAUGUAACAUAUGCGCCAGAUUCGGUAUGCUGUGACGUGGCGGGAAAAUCGUCCUGAACUCGAGCGCAUCUCAGCACUUUCAUUCAAUCCCUUAAUUAUCUCAACUCUCUGACGUUCAUGUCCGUUAGAGUUGGAUUUAACGUGCACGCUGACCUUGGAAAAAAGCCUUCACUCUUGCUACCGUACGAUUUAACUGUUUUUUUAAGUACAUGGGGACGCCGACAGAGGGCACUUGGCCCGGAGUUUCCAAACUGCCAAAGUACAAGUUGCUCCUGGGUGAAGACCGAAACCAUGUGAAGGCGUCGCAGAAUGGUGAUGCAGACCAGAAGGAGAAUGCUGGUUCCGGUCGUCGUCGUCGUCGCCUGUGGCACGUAGGGAAACCGCUUCAACGACUGGCACCUCGGCUGAUGCACAUUGAACACGCAGCCACCCUGGCGACGGAACUGCUGCAACUGGCACCAGAGAAGCGUAUCAGUGCCCGGGCUGCUAUGCGCCAUCCCUACUUCACGAACAGCCUGCCAACUGCUCAACUGGCCUGCCUACCGGACAGUAAGCUCCUCAAUGUGUCCAUUUGAGUCUACCGGAUCCUGUAAAAGUAUUACUUAACUGCUGUUUUAAUAAUGAUUAUCUUGCAGCAUAGUCCCAAGGUACAGUAAUUGGGCUAACUCAUGAACUCUCAACAGAAAUUCCAAAAUGCUCAGGUGUAAAGUCGAAACUUGAAUUUGAGAGAAAUUUUUGAAAAUUAGUCGGGAAGAACCAUGAUUGAUUAGGUAUUUCAUUGCACUGAGUGACUUACUAUUUGAAAAAUGGAUAACAAUCGGGAGAUGGCACCCAAAAAUAUCCGUUACCGAGAAAUAAUACCUUUAACAGUGGACUCAAACGCCUUCAGGCUAUAUCAGCGCUUGCAGGCCUACUUUCACGCACUACUUGGACUUUCUCCGACGGCCUAACAUGGGCUGGCCGAACGAACAUCGCAGGAGGUUACAUGGACGAUAGUCGCUGUUACCUAACUUUCCCCAUCUUUACACACGUACACCUGAAUAUACGGCAUACGUUCGCAUUAUGACAGUUUAUUACUAAACAAAAUCACUUUUAAAUAGGAUAAGUCUGCACAACAUGGGACAGGAGCAGUUCCCAGGCAUCUGUCAAAGACAUGGUAUUGGGGCAAAACCAAAGACGAUACUGCUAUCGUCUAUGUGAGCCCAUACAGCUCGACCACAUACCGGGCCUCCCUCGUGGAGUUUUUUUUCAGUCUACUCCAGUAUGCUUCAAUGGCAUUGGUGUGUCGUCCGGUGGUAGGGUCCUUGAAGUUCUUUGAGUGGUUAACAGAGAAAUGUAGAUAACCUUCUGAGGGAAGACGAUCAUACGCCUUCCACUUGUCCGUUACCACUAUACUGCCUUUGGCGACCCAUUUUGUAAUAACGGAACGGAGAGCGGGCCGAUUUCGAUCAUUCACCUGUUCAAAUAAGACUUUGCUGUUGGCUAGUAUCGUACAUACCGACCAGCCACCACCCAUUAAACCCCUAGUCUAACCUGUCCCGUCAGACAGGCCGCUUUGGUCAGGCGGAUUUUUUUGGGUGCCGUCUCCCGAUUGUUACCGAAAAAUGUAUUCACAAGGUUUGGAUUUGUCUGAAGUCCAUGGCCUCUUUGCUGAUCUUCCGAAACUUCUUCGGCAUGUAAACACAAACAACCGCCAAGAGCUAUGUUACCACCAUAAACAAGAUAUUUUUGCUGUUUUGGAAAUAUGAGCACUCAGUUUAACAUUUUGGUGAACAUUUCGCAUGAGAUUUUCGAGGGGAAGGACGUUGAUUUUGUACACCGUUCCCCCAUUUUAUUUCCUCUUCGGUUGAAAAGCCCCAGGGGACUUUGGGACGUUUGCACAGACCAGUUAAAAGCUGAAAUUGAGCAUAGCCACAUUAUUCAUGUUCAUGGUUAGCAAUUUAUUGAGUCUAUUUUGACGAUGUUUUGUGAUGGUUGACUUCACGAAUCUAUGUUCGCAUUAUUUUACAAAGAAACAUGGGCCAGCGGUUUCCUCACAGCGGUAGGAUUUAUUUAUUCAGCAGGUAAUAUCCUGAACGUAGCGUGCUCAGCUAGUUACGGUCCAGCUGGCCGUUGAUCACUUUUCCAGUCGUAUGAUUUGCGGCUGUUCCAUUAAAUGGACCUUGAAUUAAAUGGACUGACAUUUGAGUGUCUCGCUUAAUCCAUCGGUUUUUUAUGAAAAUUAUUCUGCUCAAAGCGGAGUAUGGUGGAUGACUUCCCAAGAUUAGUUGUGCUCCCUUUUCUAAAACAGGAUUCAUUGGACGAUAGAACCCAUAAGGGUGCCCAAACUGUUUAAAAAAAUCCGCACGUCAUGUACUUUUAUUGAAUAAGAUUCUGCCUCGUAGUAUCUGCUUAAAACUUCAGACUGGUUGGUGGACGGGCAUCCUAUCGCCGGUGGCACAAAAAAAUUGAGAGAAAAAUAUAUACAGUGUGUGUACUCCUUCUCUAUCAUGGCAGCUUAUCUAUUUUAUUGAGGAGGACAUCCAAUAUGAACUGAGUUACCGUAGAAGCACCAUAGUGAAAAGUAAUAAGCCGAUAAUGUGAGGGAAUAAUCUUUGCAAAAGCACUAAGCUAUGAAUGUCCUCUCAUUCCCACACUGGUAUCGUGGGCGGGUUAUCCAACGGCUUGGCUACGGUGCCGAAGGCACUUAUUCCAGCGUGCCUCCGAGUUCAGUCCAGAAGUGUUGCAGGCACUGAAGUGGCUACCAUUAAUUAUGUAAAACUAAUACCUACGAAGAAAGGGGGUGAUGAAAGGCCGACUUCUGAUUCAUAAGCAGCCGUUUGUCGAUCAUAUCCUUGCCUGUUGGUCUGAAUAUUACAGCACUCAAACUGGUAGUCUUUCGUCAGUGAGCGUCAGUUGUAACGUUUUAUCGCUGAGUCAGUUGCCGGCUGUAUUGACAGCUAUAACUGGAAAUCCUGCACGUUCUGUCGCCUUUCCCAUGUUCAGAUGUAUUCUGGAAAAACAGUGCUCCAAUUUACCGAAAACACUCCUCACGGGCUCUCUCCUCAAGUCGCUAGAUUGGCUCGUCCACGUAUAAUGCAUGACAACCAGAGAAAAUACCAGAUAUGAAUUCUUAAGGUCCUGCAGACAGACUCGGGUUUACCUCCACCAACAACGUUAGACCCUCUGAAGAAAUGUCGUGCCCUCUUUAAUAGAAAAUCUUAACCGUCUAACCCUUUCUAAAAUGGAGGAAUGGGAAUACCCACCCCCGCAAGUUCGCUACCAAUAAUUGAAAAUGUUAGUCAUCGUUGGAAGGUCAUUUACCGAUUUAUUUGCUAUUUGUAAAAUGCCCAAUCCCUGCGCCUUAGAGUUCAGCCAAGAGCACCACUUAUAAGGUGCUGCUGGUAGGUAUACGGUAGCCUUUUUAAAAGUAAAUACGACAAUCAACUUCCAUUAGUUGACAAGAGGAGUUUAAGUAGGGCGACGGUCGUUGGACUCCUAGACGAGUCCGAAGGCUCAGAACAAUAAACAGAACGUUCUGGUACCCGAUCUCCUUCACUUUAGUAGGACGGUUUCUUUUCUAACAGUCAAUCAAGUGAGGAAGAUUUAUUUAUCAGUGAGUACUGUCAUCACCAUCGUCAGCGUUGCCGCUAAUGAAAGCAUUGUUUAUUCCCCUCAAUGCUGCAUAAAGUUAAAUGAGAGAGUAAUCUCUUAGGCGGAGGCCAAGCAAUUCGCACACCAACAUGACAUGCUCGGCCCCUGUGCAUUGCUUUUAUUUACCAAAAUACCAAUUUCUGCAGACUAGUCAACUGCUCCAUCACCGAUUGGUUACUGUCUGAAGCAGCUUACCGGACAGGCAAACAUUACAGCUCUCCAGACCCGGGUAUUUAAUUCUCCUGAAAAAUAGACUCCGGCUUUCACGCAAGACGCAGAGCGAGAUGCCGACAGGCCAUGUGUGAAACCACGCUAUCAGCCUCAUCCAAUCUACUCGGACGGUUUUCACGGCCAUUGACCGGUGCACAUUGCUUUGAAGUGCAAUACCCUGAAACCCGUGUCCAAUGUGAGUGGGUGGUGGUGGCGGCCACGUAUUUAUGCUCUCCGAAUUCCCCCACCCUGCCUUAGUUUGCCGUUUGUACAUUUUGGGCGUUAUCGGCUGUGGCCCGGGCUGCACAUAUGGCCAGGAAAAUGUUGUUUUCUAUGCGCAUUGAUGUUUCGUUAAACCCGCCGGGGCAGCUGCUUUAAAUGUGUUUGCACCCGGACUCACCCUCUGAUGGGGUGGUGAGCGUUUCAGCUAUGGGCGUACGGAAACUCAGUGCUGCGUUUUGAAUAGAUGGAAGCACCUGAAUGUUCUGAAUUUCAAACGGAUAUUGCAAUUGGCUCUACAAUAGAUUUACUUUCCCAAGCAAAACCGCAAUGCUUAACGGAAUCCUGUGAACGGUUCCUUGCAGAGUAGUUAAUGCCACAAAAGUGCAAGGGACGUUAAUGACCUGACUACCGAUUAAAUGUCAAUCUAAUUACCACAGAAUCAGAUUAUGCUGCAAUUAACGAGUUGGCCGGAGUAGGGGAUGAUGAGAGGAGGGGAAAAUGUCUGCGAGGAACGAAAACGAUCAGGAGCGUACAUGGAUUGGAAGUCUUUAGAGGGAGGGACCGUUACGUGAAUUCUACUAAUUUGGCGCGACUCACCCCAUCUAUCGCAGCUGAUUGAUGAGUGCCCCAGUUAGGUGACAAGCGGCGAAGACGCCAAUGAAUGACAGCGAUCAUUCUACUGACAAAACUAGGGUGGGAAUCGAAAACAAUUGAGGACGACUGCUGCACGAGUCCAGAUCGAUAGCAACAGCAGUCGGUCAGAUUUCGACAAGCAAUGAUCUUUUAAAGCAACUUUGAAUUCCUAUAUGCUGGUAAAACGUUAACAAGAGAAAGAAGCCCGCGCUUCAACGAACAAGCGAAUAUGUCUCGGCAGCUAAUUGUGCUAUAGAGUAGUUGAAAGACACCUGCGACUAAGAAGCUUGUAAGUGGCACUGAGAGUGCAGAGUACACCGAUUAAUCCAUAUGUCGUAAACUACAAAGAAACAGUUGUUUUCACAAUUAGUUGAACUUAACCAAGUCUAGAUUUACGUCUUUAGCUUUUUAUUGAAAGGAGGCUGAAUCAACUACUAACUACAUUUCUGAAACAUGAAACAUGUCUGGAAAGUUCUGAUCAACUAGAGCCGACUUAUAUGCAAAAUUCCCAUACAGUGCACUUUUUCUACGAUUGCAAUGGUCCUCAUGAAAUCAGGCAACUGACGAAAAAGGUGUAGUUUUCAGUCAAAAUCGAAAAAACGUUAUGAUUACAGAUAGGUUUUAGCAUGGAUGUGGCCCUCAUACAGCCUUAUUAGAUUGCCAGCGUGCGUUUCACCAGUCUCCUGUAUGCAAAAAUUCUAGCGCGAUUGAUGUCAACUCCUUAUUUCUUUGUUACACCGAAUUCUGUUCAACAGAGCAUGUACUCGGUGGAAGAUGUCGAGCAGGAAAUCACUCAGUAAGACUCCUGACUAGUCACGGGGAGUGACCAUUCCUACGCUCUUAUCGCAAAUAAUAAAAUGGCUUUCAGGACUCACGGGGCGUGAUUAUCUACCAGCACGGAUUCUCCAGGGUUUUUCUUUGUAAAUGUAACGGCCCUAAAAUUGAAUCAUGCAAAAGAACCGUCAACAGUACUACUAGUACUGAGAAGCUGUUUUUGCUAGAUUUAAAUGUAAUUCGACUCUCCUAAUUGUCCAAACCUCGGCAAUCUCGGCACAAUUGCUACCUGUGACAGUAAUGGGGUGGCCUCGCAUAGCGGACGCCUUGCACACCCGAGCUAGGAGGCGCUGACCGAGAGCUAUGUCUUUUUGCCGUUGAAUGAAGAUAUCCAACUAACGCACCGCAACGUAUAAAUUUAACUAAUACUAAUACAGCAAGCUAGCCGCUCAAGGACGUUUUCGUAAGCAAUUAAUCUGAAACCUAUCAGGUGCCCGUUAGACUCGCUUGUAAUCAGAUGUUUUUGAUAAAGCCGGAGCCUCAUAGCGGAAAAUUUAGGAGUGCUGAUUGUGUUGUUGACGGUUUGAAUCCUGAUUAGGUCGCCGAAUCUUCCCACGGUUGGGUCAGAUAGAUCAAAAUAUGUUAAACCACCUUUAUGAGGAUAUUUUAAGUCGCAAACUCUAUCUCGCUUAGGCCAAUAAGCAACUUGAACCUGUCCUACUGCGAAUGGCUGACCGGGAAAAGUUGAACCGGAUUUACGAACAUGUUAGCUAUUUGUCGAUAGACAUUUCGUCCUAUUUGACGAACAGACCUCAUCAUUUUCACGCAUUUCAGUAGUAUCAUGCAGGUUCUCCACUCAGUCUGCUAAUUAUCACCUUACCCUUCAUACAUUUAUGGGUGUGAAUGAAUGCUGGAUUUUUCGGAUUUCACUUCUCCGGCAUGAAAUUUACUGAUGAAACUGUUUUAAAAACACCGACAAACAUAUUAGACGAAUUGGUUAGGUGGAAAUCUCGCGCGGUACCUCAUGUAACCUCCGGUUUAAGCUAAACCAACAAGGUUGAUUGCGUCGCUAGCGAUGGACAGCUGUUGUUUUUUCUUUAAACCUGUGCCAUUUGUUGGGCGGUCUGUCUUGGUGUCUCGGCUUAGGGUAGAUGGCCUUCAAUUUUUCCCCCUGGGAAUAUUUUCGAUCACGAAACCAGUCAGAUAGAAUACUGGCGAGUCUACAGUUUGCCGAAAUCACUUCAUAACUCGUUUCUGUCCUCGGGCCAUGUCUGCCAAAAGUCUUUCUUACGCCGACGUCCCAUCGCAAAAUUGGUGCUGGUAGCAUGACGCUACGGCUUUAUAGCCUUUUGAAGUUCGAAAAGGAAAUGACUCCGACUUCCACGCUUGCCAAUUGAUUAGUCCACCUGCGACGAAAAGUCAGAUCGAAAGUCACAAGACCAAACGGACCAGCCCUGUAAGCAGGCUGCAGAAGUGACUGCUUAAUAGUUGGCCAGUUCCAUGGACGGAAUAGGAAUCGGGAAGUCCAUGGUGAUGACCAGAAGGGCAGGCUGGGUGUAGUGAAACUUUUUAUGGCUGUCGAAAGCGAGAUGAGAAUUCCGGCAUCCGAGUCCGAAUCCCGUCGAUUUAUCCGACGUUUUGCCAAAAUGCCGAGCAGUCAUUUUUACAUUAUACAUUUUCUGCAUAAAGAAAGAAUCAUUUUCAGCUGUAAAGCUGGUAGAUUUAUGAAACCACUCGCGCGAUUGCGCACCACCUAAGGGAGUAGACGCCUGAUUGUUUGAAUGGAGUAGCGUUUAAUUCGUGCAGGAGUAACGAACAUGCCUAUAGGCGUAUAGUUGCACACAUGCUUCCUCUGUGUCAAAAUGAGUGGAACUGUUAUCUGACAGGGGUCCUGAUGAAAACUGGUUUUUCAAUGAAUCGGGACAUAAGUGACCGUCAAUACAGGGUAGCGAAAUCAGCAGUCAGCCGCUGCGUUUGAUCCCAUUUGUAUUUAAUUUGCCUAUGUCUUGGUUCAAGAACACGGUGGUAGGCAGCACAGUAAGGUCACAAGAUCUUACCUUGAUAUAUUUCAUCUGACGUGCACUUUGUGAAAUGCUACGGAUGCGGUUAAACUGUAAGUUAAGUUUUAUUCUGUGUGUUGAUAAGACAAAACUUGCAUGUUAAGCUAAAACCAGAGCAUGGACAGGUUUAUCACGGUUACUAAGGCCAACGAAACACUCUUUAUUCCCAUCUCCUCUUAAAAUUUCUUCCUCCCCUUCUUUUUAUUCAUCAUCAUCAUCAUCAUCAUCAUCAUCAUCAUCAUCAUCAUCAUCAUCAUCAUCAUCAUCAUCAUCAUCAGCUUGUUCUUCGUCUUCUUUUUAUCUUUUUCUUCCGUUUCUGCCCGGUUUUUCGUCCUCCUCUUUGACUGACAUUCCCUCGAGUCUAUGUCUAAAGAACAAAUAUUCGAUUUUAUUUGUCAAUGUACCAGGUCGCUUUCUCAAACAACAGACAUUUGUUUACCUAUCUCCAACCUCGUAGCAAUUCUAAUGCUCAAAACAGCAGCUUCCAUCUCAUAAAAAAGACAUUUGAUUUGCACUCUGUGGAUUCCAGGCAGUGAGUUGUUCCACAUCUUUCGCCUAUACUAUUGAGGUCAAUUCAUAUGAUCCUGUCUACGCAUUAUCUAAACUAUACUGUCCGACGGGGCAAAGUUGGCCUAUCGGUUGUUUCGAAAUCUCCUCUUCGGGUGAUGAUACCUGCUCUAGGCUUCCGCAUUCUGCCAUAAUACAGUGCGAUCGAAUUCGCCUAAAUUGCCCACAAAUAUGUUAUAUUACAAGGCAUUUUUAUUGUAAUUACAUCUUUGGUGGCAGUAACAGCUGCCGAACCGCUUCCACAUAUUUAACUAAUUGGAUAAAUGAUCCCUCCGAAAGGCUUUUUAAGGAAAAUCUCAGUGUGAUUUCAAAAGAUUUUCCGCACCGGUCUUAUGGAUCAAGUAAAAAAUCUCGGUCUCCAUAAACAUUGCCAAUCACUUGCGUUAAUCUGUUUCUGUCUACUCACGAUAACCCUUUCUGCUCAAGCAACUCCUACGGCUUGCGAUGUUCCCACAAUCGAUGUGUUACUUGUCAGAUUCUAGUCCAUUUUAUUAAUUUUAGGCUCUAAGCACUUGCGACCUAGAAUACUUAUCAGUUACCCCCAUCCCCACCAACGAAUUCUAAAUGACAUCCGAAAUCCCGUUUUAACAGUGAGAUGUCAAUUUUCGUCCCGUGAUCACAAUAAAUUGGAGUUCCAUUUGCGUAUAACAGUACAUUUUCAAUCCCAGCUAACAGACACUGAGCUCGUUAACGUAAGAGUUGGUAGAGCGGUGUACUUAAGUGCGCGCUGUACAAAGGUUCAAGCGUCAGGUGCGCCGGCGUCUGCUCUUGGCUAUCGCUAGAUGGCAGCAUUUCCCACUAAUACUAUUUUAUUUGGCAACGGUGUCCCUUGUACUACUUCCCUGCCCGACAGUCGCCUAAGGCAACCGUGCACGUCAUUUUUGCCCGCGGAAAAUUUCGAAAGCCUUGCGUGUUGCUCCCGCUUGCCGAUCUGCUACCUACUAGGCGAACUGGUAAUGUAACUGUGAUAGAAUACCUGCACUCCCCCCCACCCAUCUGCCACCCCCUCCUCACCAAACAAACUCCCCGAAACCGCCGUUUUGGUCGACACAGACUGCGCCAGAAUAUCAGUGCGGCGGACUUUCAGACCGGGCAAGCGAUUACGCUGGAUGAUAAACUGUUAUCAAAGAGGGCCAGUUCACUGUUUCAGCCGACAUUGCUCGCCGUGUGACUGUGGUUCUCUAGAAAGCCGUCGUGCGCUUUAACGACCCCGAUCCACAGCUUCCUUAAUGACAAAAUCCCCCAUUUCGUCCUCAGAUCGAUCUGAGCGGGAUGAGGCAUGUAGUUUUUCGCACAAAACCAGGAGGGUGAAAGCGGGCAACGCGCAUUGAGCUACGCCCUUCGAUAACGGUCUAAAGUAGUGCCUAGUAGUUUAGACUUUUAUGUAGAUGAUUGCUGAAAAAAUUUAGGAGUCCAUUUCAUGUAAUUAUUUGCCGUAGUGAACACAUAUAUAGGAGCUAAAAGCCCAGACAUUCUUGUACUGCUGCCUGACGCAACUGCAAGGGAUUCGACUCAACUGUGGGUCAUCCAGCCUUCCCCGUGUGUUUUCUGGUAUAUUAACUCCAGUUUCUCUUUGUCUAGUUUAAAUGCCGAGGAAAUUAAUGCGCGAACCUUGAGUAAAUUUUUCGGAACAGACCUUUUCAGGAAUUAUCCGAAUUUCGAUGUGAAUAUUUGAGCUGAAAUCCAUCAGCUACUGCGGCAUAACCGCGCAAUAGUCACAAACCACCGGAAGGCAGUCAGUAAUGUAGAAUGGCGAAACACGCGUGUCUGGGCACUUAGCUAAUACCUGUGUUGUUAGUACGGUAAAUAAUUACAAAAUUCUAUAUCAGUGGCUGCCCGUUAGUGGUUUGUGAAUAUUGCGCGGUAUUGUCCCGGAUUAGCUGGUGGAUUUUAGCUGAAAUAUUCAUAUCAAAUUUCGGACUGUGCCUGAAAAGGUCUUUUCCGAAAGAUUUACUCCAAACACUCACAUUAAUUUCCGAAAAAAAUAAACUGGUGAGGAGUUAAUUGUAUGAUGGCCUGGGGAGGGAUCCCCACGAUCUCGCCCAUCUGGGCCUAGUCAAGCAUUUUACAACGGCAUUUGAUUGCGGUGACAGUCGAAUGUUAAACUAGAAGUGUACCAACAUAUUAGAAGUACUGUAACUAAUUGUCUAGAUUGUACACUGCUUACUGUGGACGUUUCUGAUAUUAUUGCUGAUCAGUUCAAGGCCAGUAGAUCCCAUCAACCGGUUGGCACGUACUCCGCCUUGUAUUGAAAAUAAAUUGCUGAACAUACGUACCCACAGGUCAGGAAGUCUAUGAGUGCGUUAAGUUCUGCAUGUUUUUUCAUCUUCGCUUAGCUGACGUCUUUUUUCGGCGAAAUAUGUUGCAAAGGGGAAAAUGUUUCACUCUACUUCUACCACCAGUAAUGUCAUCACUACCGCCAACGGCAUUUCGACCGCCGUGGCCGAAUGGCAAUGUUCACGUGAACUCCUUUGUAAGGACAAUUGACUUGCGUGAUACCUACCGCACUCUCUCCUUUCCCCCAACUCGGAUCCGGUGUCAUGAGAGAGUCAAGACUAUGGGAGGCGGGAGAGGACACAGGUUGUUGACACGGCGCAAAAAUCACACCCAGGAAUACAACCAUACCCCUGGUCCACAGUGUACGUUGACCAGGAUCUUAUGCAACUAGGAAAAAAAAGGGCUGCUGAGAUCCCAGUUGGCGCAACGUGAGCUGGCACUCGGGCGAGCCGUCACAGCCUGCUAAUGCUAGAAUCUGUUAUAGUUGCGGAUUCCCAAUAACGCUUGCCGGACCUCGAUCUAUUCCUCGUGUUGGUCCAGCGCAUCUACCUCCUGGCACGUUUCACGGAUGCAGCACCACUUUCGUCACCAUUGUUGCCGUUUUCAGCAUCACGGAAGUCAUCAUGAGCGUCACCGUAAACGUCGCCGCGACUGCCAUUCGGUUUUUAGUUAACGCCUGACGCGCUUUUCCAAGCCCCCAAAACGGUUAUGUUAAGUGACACAAAUACACUAAUUUUAGAAUGGCUACAUCACCAACAGAUCCUCGACCGAUUUUUUAGGGAUGGUUUUGCGUUGGAAUGGCUUCUUUAGUUCCUGACUUCAAAAGAAUGACGCCUCAACACACCUCUCCCCCUCUGACGCACCAAAUUGACAUUACGGGACUCUGCCGGACUAACGCUACAUCUAGUUGACGAUUUAUUGUUCAUCGAUAGCUGCGUAUUGUCGGCUGGCUAAAAAAUAAACUUGGUGAUACUUUUUUCAAAGUUGCGCUGUUAUUUGUGAUGAGAUCACUCGCGCAUUCCUUUAUUCACUCAGGGCAGGUUGAUCAACCUUAUACUUCCAGCCGCAGAUGACUAAGCGUGUGGUGGGUAUUCGGUGACAUGUCAUUUGACUUCUUCCAGCUUUCCGAUCGGAUCAGAGGCUUGAUCUUCCAAAUCCGGAUCGCUGAAGGGGGCCAAUAUGCCGAAAGUAGUCGUUUAAAUGUCAUUCGACCCUGCCGAAAAUCCAUGUGACGUAGAUUUAACUUUGCGAUUUCCGCAUGUGUGAGCUCAGUACGGCCUCGGAAAAGAUUGUGGCUCCGUAAGUUGGAUACAUGACCCUCGGGAGAACUCUGGAUGCUAUCCCACUUGUCUGCGCUUCAGCUUAUUUAGGUUAGCCACACCUACUGUCUUAGAAAAUUAGUAUGAUCUUCUCUUUCGUUCAAUAUCCCUGAAUCUGUUGAACAAUGUUAGAAUAGAAAACCUUCUGUCAAUACUGAUAGAAGUAUGUCAUGAACGGUCUUCCCCAUCUCCUUGUUCUUGCCGAUUAUAUGUAUCUUACCAAAUGUGUGUGUGUUAAUUUAUUCCUGCGGUGAGAAUCAGUGUCCCACAACUAUUCAGUUCAUGGACGAGGUUGUGCAGCUCAAAGAUAUUUAUUAUUUGGACAUUGGUUGUCUCGUGUAAAAUUUCAUGGGGGCUAAUACCCCCAUGUACUUACCUUAAUCUUCCAGCCCUAACCUCAACGUUAGUAUUAACCCCUCUAAUCCUGUCCCUCGUCCAAAAAUUGCACCCUAAACCUUACCCUGCGGAUAACGCUUAUCCUAACUACAACCCCUGGAAUUUAUUGCAAGCUCACAUAUAAUGAGACGGGCUUAUAUCCCCCCGUCAAACUUAUUUCUUCACUAAAUUUGUGAUAUAAAACGCACAGAAAUCUCAGGAAAAUAUACUCCCAACAUAAGGCGUGAGUUGGGUCUCACGAGGUAUCAACCAAGCCAGUUGAGUAACCGGUCAAGGAAAAAAAAGUCUGUUAGGAUUUCACUGUGAUGCCACUAUGUUCGAUACAUACUCCCAUCUUGGUUCCUGUGUCGCGAAUGUCUGCCCUUCGACGGUAACGUUUUACAGUCCCCCGUGUCCAGUCCACUGCCGCAGAUGAUUGUUACUCAUAGACCGUGAAUUUUUCAUAAACGAUAAGUCACGAACAGUAUCACAAGAGGACUACCGGGACGUUUAUUUCUUAUUAUCACUUUUUCUUCAAUUCUGUCAUCAUUAUAAUCACAACUCGCUCGUUUAAAAGAGAAAAUACAUGCGAGUUCCUAAGUCCGCAUUUAUGUUUUUCUACAAAAUCUGGACGCUUGUAUCUAGAGGCUUACCAAACCUUCGGCGGUCUGAUUAUUAUUUUUAUAUUAUUCACACUAUGAUUCCUGGCACCCCUGAUGGUCCACAGUGUGUCCUAACCAACGAGCGAUCCUCACAUGCAGACCUACCAUCAUGUGUAUUUUCGACAGAAGAGUUAAACUAUAUUGGAUUCAAGAACUGCAUUUUUCAAGCAGUAGAUUUCUGGAAAAAACAUUGUGCUCAGGGACUAAGGAGGGAACAAAUCUUGCAUCUAAGUCAGUUAAGUCAGCUUAUUAAGGGAAUGAGGCUUUCGCCCUUGAGCUCCCUAUUCAUAUCGAUAAACAGAAAUAGAACCAUCACUUACAUCAGCAAAUGCGGAAAUUCAAAAGUUAGCAGUAAGUGUGAGCCAGGCGCAAACUGCCGCCGCCAAAAACUAUUGUGAUUAUAUGUACAGUAGUUUCUCAGCAAAUGAGCACCUCGUCUACACUAGAAGGAUUCGACAGUUUCGGAAAGAACCACCGCAUCAGGGAGUCCGUUCCAUGGCCCUAUGGCCCUGUGAGAGAAGGCGUUCCGUCGGACGUCCAAAUGAGCCAGUUUCCUCGACAGUUUGAAGGGAUGACCACGCAGACUGUCAGUCCCGGCCAAUUCGAAGAAUUCAUAAAAGUCUAGGGCGCACUCACGGCCUCUGACAAUCCUGUAGGCUUGAAUGAGCUCGCCGCGCAAUCGCCUGUAAUUGAGAGGAAACAGAUUUAUUUCGGUCAACCUGGCUUCUUAAGGCAGAUGAUUAAGAAUCUUGACCAUCUUCGUAGCCAUCGCCUGUACUCUUUUCAGUCUUUGAUUAUCUUUCUUCAACUCAGGUAAAAAUCUACCUCAAAGAGAACUGAGGGAGAAAGAAAAAUAAUAUUGUCUGUAUUAGCUGCAAUUACAUACUAAUAGCAUGAGUGCAGAUGUAUUCGCUUUAAAGGCAACGUUUCAUAGAACAGGAAUCAAAGUGCGAUUAUGUCUCUUGUUUGUUGGUGCUGCAGACCAAUUUCACAACUUUAGUUCGCAUCUUAGCUACUAUGUUGAUUGGUUAUUCCUUUACUCGCUGUUACUUCUUGUAGCCAUGUCAAUCUUCAGCGUACCCGGCAUCUGCAUGUCUUCGGAGUCGCCUCGGAUACAGGUCCAUCGUCCGGUUCGACCAUCACACCUAAAAGCCCUUGCUCCAGGCAGCUAUGCCGACGUGCCGGCACGACAAACCACCUCCCUGGACGACGAGGUGUACGCCGUUCCUGGACGGUUAGUGCAGCCUUGCGGCACAGCCUCCGUUUCCAACGUCCCUGUCCCCAGUUUAACACGCGCUCCACCACAGAACACUUCUCACCAGAAGGUCAACGCGUCCACAGAUAGGGCCACCAUGUCAUACACCCCCGUUUGGAAACACUGCGAGUGGAGAGGUCGCAGCGAGAGCCAGCAAAAUCCCAGCCAAUCACUCUCCCAAAUGCCCCCACGAAGAGUGACCGCACAGCAUGCGGGACUGUUGGCAGGAGCGGAGAGGACCGAACCCGUUUCCAUGAGCUCGGAGUCCACCUGCCGCAGAUGUCACGCCACCCCACACCAGCCGGUGCCCCCCACGCUGAUGGCGGGCAGUUCGCCCUCCACAGCGGUGAUGUUUCCGCCCUACGCGACCGCUGUACCCGCUCUGGCAUACUGUCUGCCAUAUCUCCCCUCCAGUCCGCCGACAAUCCCCAUGUGCGCCACCAUUCCGACCCCUCUUGCCUGCAAACCCGACCCCAGCGGCGCUAUUCGUCCACCUGUAGCGGUCGCCGCCGCUGCAAGCGCCUCCACUCCCUCCUCCUUUGUGUCACUGCCCUUUCGACAGGACCUGAUGCCAUUCCUUGCCCCCAUUCCCUUUGUUCCCGCCUAUCCCCUUCAGCGUGCGCCCGAUCCAACAUGUAAUCAGGGCGAAACCUUUCAGCACGUUCAGCAGAACAGAGAUAGCGCGACAGGCGCUGCAGACGUUCCAACUGCUGCGACACGACCGCCCUCCCAACCGCCGCCACAAGUGGGUUCUGCUGUCCGAACUGACGUAACUGCCGAAGCCUGCAGCGACCCACGAACCUCCUCUACUCGUCUCCAGCCCCUGCCUUUCAGCUAUCCAGCCUCCCCGGAUAUUGUCUGGAUGGUUCCAUGGAUAGUCAGUGACAUUAAUUUAUCUCUUUGCCUGGCUUAAUAAUAAGGAAAAACGCUUUUUUCUCAGUCAAUUGGCUAUGCAUGAGGCGGUGUGUCCUCCAUAACUGGCAUUCUAGAUUUUGCGCUCUAAUUGCACGGUAACUGUCACUCUAUCGAGGACUCAGAUUUUCUAUUUUAAGCUAGGAUACCCUAUGUGCAGUUGGCGCAAAUGUCAGUCAAAUGGUUAACUGUUUACCUUGUUUGAUUUCCGAGGAAAUAAAUGCGCGAACUUGGAGUAAUUUCUUCGGAACAGACUUUUUCAGGCACGGUCCAGAAGUUGACACGAGUUGAGUUUAUUUGAGCCCAAAUCUCUAGGUCACUACUCCGAAGAAUUUGAUCCAAGUUCGCGCAUCGACGUCCUCGGAAGUCAAACAAGGUAGAGGAAAGAUGGAGUUCAUAUUACCAGAAAACGCACAUGGAAGGCUGAGAUACCCAUUAAUGAGCAGAAACCCUUACAACUGCGUCAGACAGCGGCAUAAGAUCGGCGAAUCGAGCGUGUCUGGGAUUUUAGCUAGUACCUGCGUUGUCAGUAUGGUAAAUAAUUACACAGUAAUUAACUGUCUUUUACUUAGAACCUAGAAACCAGUUGCUGACACAGAACACACAUUUAUGCAACCCUUGACAGACGUGAUACUGUCAAUUUUAUGUACAUUGCGGUAUGAGCCCGGAGAAUUUGGACGGACGCAAUGGUAUUUCGCAGAACCUUUUGGCCUAUUAGUCUGGAUUUUCGUUUAUUGGGAACUGCUUUGAAGACGGCUGCGUGGAACUCGGCGGCCGUUGUGAAAAUUUUGCCUACAACUGUAAAUAUCUAGACAUCUCACGCGCAGUGUCCCACCAGUAUGACUUUCCGAGUUUAAGCUAUUUCUGCAGUUGAUGAACGUUUCUUUGAUAGAGAUGGCAGAUUAUCUAACAACUGCAAGUUUACUAAUCGGAUCGGUUAUUUUGCCAUUAGUGAACUCUUUCACUUUUAUUUUUCCAUCAUUUACUCACAAAAGUGUUCAGAUUUGUUCAAACUUCCUCUUGCAUCGCCCGCCAUGGGAUUUUGAUAGAUUCGGUUGCCGAAAGGCAUAAAAGGAGGCGGGGACACAACCAAGAGAAUUACUACUCCGACUUUGGGGUAAUUUUUUAAUACGGGGCGCGGAAGUUUGGGCGAACAUCCUUGUCGAUUGUACCAAUCAAGCCUUCGUGGAAGUUGUUGCGCAAGCAGUGUGUGCUUAUUCCCAUUAUUCUCGGUGAUUGUAAAAAUGCAAUAGUAGAACCUUGUGAGAGCAUAAAUAAGACCUAUUCUCUAUUUUCUUGUUUUAAAAACUUGGGCGCUCAUUAAAUUGCGCAUGAGGAUUUUAAACACUCAACCAUCUUUAGCGUAUAUUUAACGUAAAUCAUGCAUCCUAUUUCGUGGAGAUCUUACAAACGCAAUUUAGGUAAGUCCUCUAACAGCAAUGGAAAUAAUAAUAAUAAUAGUAAUACCAAUAGUGCAACCUUGUGCAGCUUCGAAGGCAACUCCGUGUGCUCAUAAAAUGCAGUAGAUCGAAAUGCUCUACCUUGUAUAAUCUGGAGACGUUAUUAGUAGUGAGGUGAAGGGAAAAACUCUAAAGAAGACAAAAUGUCUUGCAGAAAAUCACAAAAAUGCAAUUUUUGAGAGAUUCAAAGGAAUUUACGUAGGCACAAAAAAGGGCUUAAAAUACGCACAUUACGUAGGUGACGAUGUAUCCGGGAGCUCGAUUUGCGUAGUUGGCAGAGGGCAUGUUCAACGAAAAGCCAGUAUCCCAGCGUGUAUGAAUUAGCUUGUCCUUUUGUUUCCUCCAAAUCAGUACUAUUGUGCGCUUACUUAAGCCAUAUUUAUUAAGGCAGGUGUUCGCCGUGAGCUCUGUCUAGGACGGAUUUGGCAAAACACUGCUUUCCAGUAACCGGUAGACUGGAAUGGAAGUUCACGUAUUGCAAUUUCCAAUACGUCACAUAAAGACACAUUUUUUCAUCAAAAAUUCUCUCUUAUCUCACGACUUCGAAUUUUCGGCAGUCUUUCUUCAAACUCGCUGCCAUUUUAUCCAGAAAAAUGACGCUUAGCUAGGCUUUUAUGCUCACACUUCCCAGAGUAAUUUGUGUCGCAUUAGUAGCGCUGAAUUCCUAACAAUUUAACAGUUCUAGUCAGUGUUCCUUCAGCCUUACUCAGUCUUAAAACGCUGAGAAGGAACGUGUGCAAACGUCUGUUUGUAUGGAAUUUUCCCAUACAUUUGCAUUCCCAUUGUUAGAACUGUUAGGAUGUACGCACUCCCACGAAAUCGCGUAUCUUAAACCGAGUUGGGAUAAUUUUAACCCUGUUGGCGAAGUUGGCAUGUUGGAAACAGGAAAAAGAACUAGAACAGUAAGACGAGAUAGGUGAAAUAGGCAGCUGAUUAGCUCAGCACUGAUCAAGCGAACGGAAAGUGAUUCAAGAUUUGCUCAUAGCUGAUAAGUUAAAUUAAGUUCCUUUGAUCUGUAGAAGCAGCCAUUCCCCAUGCACUUUUGCGCUUUAUUCAAUUUCUCAUCAUCUCGUCUUUACUUCCUCCAGCCGCAGUCCUACUACCCAGGUUUCCCCUACGCACCCGCCCGAGUUGAUUCGGUUGUCGUGGGGGACAUUCUGGAGCCCGGAUGCGUCCAAGUUGCGUCUUCACAGGCUUUGAAAAACUCAAAGUCACCGCUAACCGUAUCCCCCUCGGAUGCUGUCAUCACCAGUCCAGCUCAACAGCCCCCGCCGCCGUCAAGGUCAGAGAAGGACUCGGCGGCCAUGACACACCGCCGCCAGAGCCACUCUGCAGAGACGGUCUCCGGCACCGGUUCCCUCACAGACACCAGCUUUUGUCUGGCCUCCCUCGGCGGCACACCGCACAAGAUGUUCCUGAGCAACCACUAUGGGCCGGACAGGUCAGAGCGCGGACAGCAGAACAACGGAUCACUCUGUCCACCGCCGGACGGCAGCAGUGUCUCCUCCGUAGAACGACUGGGUAGCCUGAACCGCAGUGCCAGCUUCUCAGCCAGCGACCGCUUGCGAUUCCAUUACUCCUGUUCUCCCCCUCCCCCUCCUUCGCAGUUCCGCCUGCCGAGAUCGCACGCCUUCUAUGCUGGCCUCUGGCCAGAGGCGGCUCACCACUUCGUCUGCUCACACUCGGCUGACGACCGCGGCGGUCCACCUCCGGACGGUCAACCGGCAGGAUCCUUCCCAGAAUCCGGUCAGACUCAGAUGAUCUCCUGUGAUCAUACCCUGUAUUCCCCUAGGCGUCGUCCCUCGCAGACAGAAUGA